CAAGAGAGGAAGGAGAGAAAAAAUCCGACUCUUAAAGAGACACAUUGUUACUGGCAGUGGGAAAAGCAGAGAUCAGAGAGUUUAGGAGCAGUAAACUGGAAAAAGGGAAGGAAAGCCUUUAGGGCAGACAGCAGAGAAGCUAAGCUCAGCAGUCAUGUAGCAGGAAACAGAUCCUAAGUACAUACUGGGAGGAGGGAAGGGGGAACAUUUUUUUUUUUCCUUUUUACCGUUUGAUAACUAGAAAGACUUUGAAGGCAGAAAGGGGGAUAAGGAGAAGGUUUUUUUGGGGUGAGGUACAGCAUGCAGCCCUGCAGCCCUCCCCAGCUGAGCAAUAUGGCUGCUGCUUGCAAGCUGGCUGGGCUGUGUACAGGCGGAGGGUGCAGCAGGGCAGGCUUGUGUUUAGCUCAGGCUGCAAGCUGGAGACUCCUGCUGGGCCUGUAACUCAGGAGGACUCCACGCAAAGCCACAGACUUUCGGUGGAAGAGGAGGGAACAGCAAGAGUUAGGAACAGUCUGCUUCCUCCUGUCCAGGAUGGAGCCUAAACACAAAGAGUUGCUGCAACAGUGCCACCAGAACCUGGUGGAAUCCAUCAGUGAUGCAGACAGACUUCUCAACGUUCUAGAGGAGGCUGGGACCCUCACUCUUAGGGACAGGCAGGAACUGGACAGCAGCUGCUCCACCGGACAGGACAAAGUGGACCUCUUACUGAAGAUGCUUCUGGUCAAAGAGAGGGACCACUUCCAAGAUCUGAGGGUGGCCUUGGAGAAGACCGAACCCCACUUGUUGUCCAUCCUGUAUUUGAAUGGUUUAGGGACUGGAGACUCUGCAGGUGAGACAUGGGGAACCCCCACAAAACAUAUAUUGUAUUUUGAUUUUUUUCACUGUACUCUUCUUACAGGUAUGGGUGUGCUUCAUGCCCCUACAUCUGUUCUUUUGAAUGGCGUUGCCAGAUCCCUUGGUUCUGGUCUGAGGAAGCUUAUUCUCUAGUUGUCUGUGAUUGCGAUGCUCCAAAAUGUAGGGGGAUUUAAUUAAGUAUAAGUCUAGUUAUUCCUCUGACCAUUUACUUGCAAGUAGUGGCAGUCUGACAACACAGGCAAUGUUGAAUUUGUGUUUUUUUUUUUUUUUUAGUUACAGGGUCUCACUUGCCAAAUGCCAUUACAAUUGCUAGUGGAGGAGGUGGCUACUUACAGCUUUUGUGAAAGAAACAAUUUAGACUGACAGCAAGUUUUUUUACAAGAGGUUCUGCAGCAGCUGAUUUUACAGUUAUACAAACUAUCUUGGUUAGGGUGGGAUAGUAGGUGGUUGUAAUAACACUUUUUAUUGACCAUAAGAUCCCAUCCAUUCUCUGGGUAUUAUGUUUAUUAAUUUAGGGGUUCCCACCUAGUCACUAUCCCAGAAUGACUCGGAUUACAUAUCUUAAGGCCAGGCUUAUGAUCUUCAUCAUAUGUACAACAAUGGAUGCCUGACCCCUUUCUACAGAUUGUAAAACAUGCUUUGUCAUGUGCAUAUUUUGUGUGUGUAAAUAUAACUGUGUAAGUUAUGUACAGCCAACAAUACGAGAACUGCUUCUUAGUAUCAGAUUUUAAAAAAAUUGUUUUGAAAUUGGGAAAAUUCACAAAUUAAGCAAUGUGAGAUUUUUUUUUUUGUUUUUGAUUUUUUUUUUAAUGGUAGUAGUUUCAUUCAUUUUUUCUUUCAUGACUAGAACUACUCACUAUUGCGUCUGCUAUGCAAGCCCACACAUUCUAUACAAUUUGUUUUGUAGUAAGCAGUGACAUGUAAAAUGAAAUCUUGAUAUCUUGCUGUAAGUUUCUAAACUUGUCAAAAAAUAAAAUUGGCAAUCUUGCACCGGGUCCUUAGGAAAUGUCACUUUAACCCCUUAAGGACACAUGACAUGUGUGACAUGUCAUGAUUCCCUUUUAUUCAAGAAGUUUGGUCCUUAAGGGGUUAAGUUGCAUGUUUCAGGAUGGUCCAAGACUCUUAUGAUGUUGUAUAAACAACCAAAAAGGAUCAAUCAAAAAAAAAAAAAAACCUACACAUUUUGGGUUGAAUGUAUGGCUUUUUUUUUAAAAUAUGAUUUUAAGAAUGAGAAAGUUGGUCUGGUCUGGAUCAGUAAUAAGUCCGUUCAGGUGUGCUGUGUGUGAAAUUCACUGAUCAAACAAAACAUUAAAACCACUGACCGUUGAAGUGAAUAACAUUGAUUAUAACUUUACAAUGGCACAAAAUGCCUAGGCGACUGGAUCAGGGCAUUUUCAAAACGACAAAUCUUGUUGAGUGUUCUCGGUUUACAGUGGUUAGUACCUACCAAAAGUGGUGCAAGCAAGGACAACCAGUGAACUGGCAUCAGGAUCAUGGGCUCCCAAGGUUCAUUAAAGGACCACUAUAGGCACCCAGACUUCUUCAGCUUAACCCCUUAAGGACACACGACAUGUGUGACAUGUCAUGAUUACCUUUUAUUACAGAAGUUUGGUCCUUAAGGGGUUAAUGAAGUGGUCUGGGUGCCAGGUCCCUCUAGGGUUAACCCUGCCUGCUGUAAACACUGCUAUGUUUACAUAUGGGUUAAUCCAGCCUCUAGUGGCUUUCUCAUUGACAGCCGCUAGAGGCGCUUCUGCGCUUCUCACGGAUUUUCACAGUGAGAAGACGCAAGGUCCAUAGGAAAGCAUUGAGAUGCUUUCCUAUGGACUGACUGCGUGUGCGGUUCUUGCCGCGCAUGCGCCUUCAGCCGGUGACAUCCAAAGGAGGAGGAGAGUCCCCGGCGCUUAAGAAAGGUGAGUGUUUAACCCCUUCCUCAUUCUAGUGCCCGGCGGGAGGAGGGCCAUGAGGGUGGGGGCACCCUCAGAGCACUAUGGUGGUCCUUUAAUGCAGGCAUUGACAAAUGUGCUUGGAAUCUAGAAGUCCGGUUUUUCAAAGUCACAAAUACAAUUCUUAAAGGGACACUAUAGUCAUCAGAACAACUACAGUUUUAUGUAGUUGUUCUGGUGUCUAUAUCCUGCCCCUGCAUGUUUUUCAAUGUAAAACCUGCCUUUUCAUAUAAAAAGCAGUGUCACCUUUAGAGACAGCCACUCAGAUGACCACUAGAAGUGCUUCCUGGGCAAUUGCUGUAGUGUGCAGCACCUACAUUGAAGCUCUCCAUAGGGAUUCAUUAAUUUAAUGCAUCUCUAUGAGGAAAAGUUGAUUGGCGCAGCAUGGUGUUUUGCCGCAAAUGCACAAUGGUCUCCCAAUGGUUUUAAAGUUGUGGCCGAUCAGUGUAUAUAGUCCUGGGCUCAAAACUGCUUUGUUUGAUGUCUGCUGCACUGAAUGAUUCCAAAGAUUUCACUAUGUAAGAAGUGAAUGCUAAAAUAAUGCUAAUCAUUGUGGGGAUAUAUUUAAAUUAUUACAUAAACCAAAUAGGUUGGGAAAGAUGGAUUAUGCAAGGAUUAUUGAUUAGUGUUGUGUUGAAGGGGCUCUUUAAGAUUUUCUCAACUAUUGCUGACCCUGCAUAUUGAAUUUUACUGUUGCCAUAUUAUGUCAUUUUAACCAUAACUGUCCAAAAUCACUUAGUUUUCUGUCCAGGUGAUUCCUACAGUUUAAAAAAAUGCAAUGUUUUCAGAUUGCAUGGUUAAAGGGACACUAUAGUCACCAGAACAACUACAGCUUAUUGUAUUUGUUUUGCGGAGUAGAAUCAUUCCCUUUUAGGUUUUUUUGCAGUAAACACUGUCUUUUCAGAGACAAUGUAGUGUUUACAUUAUAGCCUAGGGAUAACUCCACUGGCCACUCCUCAGAUGGCUGUUAGAGGUGAUUCCUGGGGCAGUGCUGCACAGUAUGCCAAACUGCCAUUCACUAUAUCCACCCUCUGCAUGGAGACUCUGAACUUUCCUCGUAGAGAUGCAUUGAUACAAUGGGGUUAUGUUCGGAAUCUGCAUGGAGGUAAGAAGUACAAGUGUUAGUAAGGCCAGUCUCGUUUGAUUAAUGUAUCUUUUAUUUUUGUGUUCAAAGAAGAUCAAAGAUUGUCAUAUGCUUUCUAGGAGUUCCACAGCUGUGGAGCAGCAAAAGAAGUAAAGAUAAAACUGAAGACAGGAACAAUACCUUGUUCAUGAAACGUAGAACAUGUGUUGAUACAUGGAGACUCUCCUUAGAUCGGCUAAGAUCAUGUGUUACCCCGUUGUUAAAUUGUAGUAGAAGGAAUGACCCUAGACCAAUGACUUGGGUAUUCUGAAAAGGAACAGUAGUUUGGCUUUUUGAAGUAUGCAGAGGAAUAAUGCAGUGAGGCUGUCUAUCCAGAGUGUGCCAAACCAGAGGUGCCAAGAGAGAGCUCUUGGAAGGAACGCUAUGCAACACUGUAUUAAAUGCAUGUGGCAUAUCCAAGAGCAAGAUAAGGAGUAGGUUGGCUUUUAUUUUUCUGAACUAGUGUUUUUAGGUAGUGUCUCUUUAUAAAGAUGGCAAAAAAGACAAAGCAAUGUAGGUAUAUGAGGAUUUAUUUGUAAAGAUAGAAGAAAAGCAGAAUCUCUUCUAUUCUGUGUCUACGGCAGAGCUGAUUGAAGGUUGCCCAGGGCCCUAGGCAGGAUGCCAGAUUGGGGCCAAUUCUAGAGGGCUCUAUUUCUGUGAUGUGUGUGUGUGUGUGUGGCAGAGUGAGUCUCUGGCAUUGUGUACCUGUGUAUGUGUUUGAGAGAGUUUGUGUGCAUUUCUGAUUGAGUCUGUCUCUAUGUGCCUGACUAUCCUUGUGUGUAAAUGUGUGUCUCUAUCUGUGAGCGUGUGUGUCUGGGAGCGUAUGUGUAUGGGAUAAUUGCUUGUGUUGUGUAAGAGGCCUGCUUGUGGUACUUGUGUGUUUAUUGUUUGGAUGUGUUUCAUGUAUGAGGUGACUAUGUAUGAUGAAUCUUUUUUUUUUAGGAGUUGUCUGUGAAAGGUUGAGUUUGACAGGGUGGGGGUGUCUGUAACAGGGUGAGUGAGGGAUGACAAUAUGAGGAAGGCUGUGUUAAAAAAAUAAUAAUAAUAAAAAAAUAUAUAUAUAUAUAUAUAAUUCCCCCCCCCCCUGCUGCUUACAUCCCGGGCAAUAAGGGGGCAAUACUGGUGGUCCAGUGAGGUGCAUGUAGCAGACCAUAUUAAAAUAAAUAUAUAUAUUUAUUUAUCUCUAUAUCUCUCUCUAUCUCUAUCCCUCACAGAGUACUGGAACUGUGAGGGAUAUAUAUCUCUAUCCCUAUCUCUAUCCCUAUCUCUAUCUCUAUCCCUAUCUCUAUCCCUAUCUCUAUCCCUAUCCCUAUCCCUAUCUCUAUCCCUAUCUCUAUCCCUAUCCCUAUCCCUAUCCCUAUCCCUAUCCCUAUCCCUAUCCCUAUCCCUAUCCCUAUCUCUAUCCCUAUCUCUAUCUCUAUCUCUAUCUCUAUCUCUAUCUCUAUCCCUAUCUCUAUCCCUAUCUCUAUCCCUAUCUCUAUCUCUAUCCCUAUCUCUAUCCCUAUCUCUAUCCCUAUCUCUAUCCCUAUCUCUAUCCCUAUCUCUAUCCCUAUCUCUAUCCCUAUCUCUAUCCCUAUCCCUCACAGAGUACUGGAACUGUGAGGGACUGUGAUUAAUAUGGUAAACCACGGACCACCAGGGAAUCAUUUUCAUCUUUUGAAGCCCCUUGCUGACUCGAGGGGUGCCUGCUCAGAGCCGGAACUCCAAGUACAGACAGGGUCCACUGGUCCUGGGCAGCCGCCUUUGUCACCUAAUGGGUAAUUUUGUCUCUGGACCAGGAACCAAGACAGAGCUAUGUGGUAGGUGUUUUCAAGAGUAAAUGUUACUUCUUUAUAAAUUAUACCAUUAAAUAAAACUUUGAAAAUUACCACUAGCUUCUUUUGAACUUUUUCUUGUGAUGCUUUGUUGUAUUUAUUUACAUUUUUUUUUUUUAAAGCAUCUGAUGACCAUCCUUGCAUGUUUUGGUGGCUGCUGGGUGCAGGGAAAGGUGUGUUUACCUGUCAUCGUCAUCCAGUCGGUCUACUUCAGUUCCUGGUGCUUCAUCUGCUUGGAGCCCAUAUCAGUAUUUUACUUGGCAUGCAUGAGAACUGCAAUAAUUGCAUUGCAGAACUAAGACUGCCUCUAUUGGCUGUCACACAGCCACUAGAGGCACUUUCUGUUGGUUAAACGACUUUUGGUUCCCUAACUGAUGCUGGACGUCCUCAUACUCUGCAUGUGGACCUCUAUCAUCCGUAAAAUCCUCAAAGGAAAUCAUUGCAGCAAUGCUUUCCUAUAGGAAGGGGGUUAAUGUGCUCACCGUAAAAGCGCGUUAGGCCCCCCGUCGGGUGAUGACUGUGUGCCGAGGGCGAUUGGCACUGGAUGUGAAUGAGUAAAUAAAAGAUUUUUUUUUAACCCUUAAAGGGCUGAGGGGAAGGAGGCAGUGCCAGGAAAGGGGGCCAUAGGGAAGUACACCUUUGCGUUACUUACACAAUUGUAUACCUUUGCACAUUUAAAUCACCCUUUGGGUGCUUAGAAAGCAGUAAAUGUGUUUCUGUUAGGUAGAUCAUGUUACAUCACACUAUUCUUCACAAACAGGAGUGCACAGCAUGACUCACACGGUGUGGUGCAAUUUUGCUAGUCUUCAUGGAGCACUCCUGUAAAGAUAUCUUGGACUGGCUAGAUUACUGUCAGUAAGGUAUGAUUUUUUUUCAGGAAUGGAAAAUGAAUUUCACAUUGUAGGCCAAAAUUUGCCACCCUAGAAAUGUUUUCCAAACAAAUGAUUUCAGUUAUGCCAAUUCGGCCUAAAAUUUAAAUUUUUUUUUUUUUUUAACCAGCGUAUCGUUUAAGGGAGAGAUAUAUUUGCCCAUGUAUAGAUAUGGAUUUUUUUGUUUUGUUUAAGUUUUCAUUUUUAUCUACAUUUUUCUAAAGUGUCCCUCAGUGGAUUGCUUAGUGGGUCUGCCUGUAGCUGCACACAGACCCCCAACAACAAGGAUGAGACUCUGCAAUCAGGAGUGUCUCGUUUACUAAUAUUGUCCCAUAAUUCCCUGUCCAUGAGGGAAUUAGGAAAAAAGCUUAUCCCCGAAAGAGCAGUUCCAUAGGAUGAUUGUAACUGCUCAAUAACCCUUACCACUGCUGCUGUCUGUUUAUACACGUUGUUUGUUUUAGUAUUGGGAAAGAAACAGAGUGCAUGCGCAGUCUGCAGCUUGGCUCUCCUGGAGGAAAAAGAGAGCUGUAGCGCAUAUCUGUGGUUAUGUGGACCUUGCCACAGAUGAAGUUGCGCAGUGCACACCUGAUUUUGUCUGCCAAUUGGUUGUGCAGGGAAGGGAUGGCUCUCCUGGAAAAGUAUUUUUUCUAUAUAUAUUUUUUUAUUUUUUUUAUUUAUUUUUUUUACUUCAAAUUGCUGCAGCUGUAUUCCACUCUCAUUAACAAGGUUGGGCUCUAGGUGCUCUGAGCACGAUGUUGUUUGCAUUAAUGCAAAGUGCUUAUGGUACAUUAACCUUUUAAAGUUAAAAGUUGCUGGCUGGGCGUGUAACACACACCAAUCCCAAGAAGUGUUCUAAAAUAAAUUAAAUCAUGUAGUAUAAUAUACGUGACGAUGAUAUCUUUUAUGGGGAACAUAAUGUCAUCUUGGGAAUUGGGAGACAAUCCUAAACCAACCUUUUUUUUUGUGGUUUAUUAUAAUAUCUCCAGAAUCCAUCAAUGCCAUUACUUUCCUGCAAUUCAUACUAUUUCUUCUGACAAAAUAAGGCUGUAAGUAAUAUCCUUCUCUAACAGAUCCCCUUGUAAUUUAUUUUGGAUAGAAAAUAUCAUUAAUCAACUCUAGCUUUGACUCGCACAGCCUGCAUAAAACAAAACUGAUUUCUUUUUCAAUCAGAUGUUAGCUUACUUUAGAAGUUUGUAUCGCCUGCUCUAUAAAUAGAAGUUUUAGUGUCAGGUCUAAAAGACUAAUAACCAAGCAGGAGAUUUGAAAUUCUGAAUUAAACUAGGGCUUCAUAAAUGAAGUAAUUUAACUCCUAACUGGCAGAACAUGGAACAGUAACAUUGCAGGGGAAUGAUCUAUAAACCAAAACCUCUAAAUUAAGCUAAAGUUAUUUUGCAGCCUAUAAUAUCCCCUUAAUUACUCUCUUUGUGAUAUCACUAUGGAACAUCUUAGGCAGAUGAGUCACUCCCUCUGUAGUUAUAAGCUUUUGCAGGUAUGAAUCUGUAUGGCUUCCAGGAAGUGUGAAAUCUCUUAGCCACACAUCGAGACAGGAUGGAGCUAUGGAUAGCCAGGGAUCAUCAUUCAGUGUUAAAACUUUUCAAGUGGUUUAACACUGGGUGUAGGGAAAUGGCAGGAGACUCUAGGCACUAUAGCCAAUUUAAUGAGAUAUAAUGAUAAUGGUUAAAGUACGCACAGCCUCCCUUUUAAAUUCUAUUUUGAUAUGUGUGGCAAUAAGGCAGGUGGUUACUCUGAAGAUAACAUUUCUGACUGUGUGGGUGACCUUUGUUUGCAGGUGAAACAAAGACUUGUUAAGUCUAUACUAGGCAUUAAAUAACUUCUUUAUUUCAUUAUAUUGGUAACCGUGAAGUUUUGGUUACCCCUAAUGGCUCCUAGUAAAGUGCCUCUCUGACCGUCUUUACAUCGGGAGAAAGCAGACGCAUUAAGCAGAUCAAUGAUCAGAUCCAUUUAACCAUUUUGUUUUUUUCAAAAUGGAUAUUGAAUGGUCUCAUUUUUAAACAAAUCAGGUUAAUGUUACUGUCCCGUUGUGGAGAUUCUGUGUGCUGUCAAUCUCUUUUCAUGCCUAGUUUAUGAAUACCAAUCCAGAGUUACCUUCUUUCACGGAGGGAUGUGUGUAACAAAAAGUGCUUAGACGUGAAUAAAAAAGUUUUAAAAAGCAUCUCUAUACACUUAGGUGGAAAUAUCCUCUUUUUCACUAAACAAUAAUAUGAAAUACAGUGCGGUACAAGUGACAGAGACCUACACCUAUAAGUGGAGCGCUCAAACGGAUAUAAAGCUUACCAAGCGUAACUUGAUUCAAUAGUAUGGUGCGAAGUACAUACCAAAAAGUAUAAAAAACCAAAAGAUACAAUAUAGUGCAGAUGGUAUUUUAAAAUUGCAAUUCAGAAAAUAAUGUAGCAGACAGAACACUCACAUUUUUAGGAGCCUGUGUAUAAAAACUGGCUCUGUAUUUAGGCUUGUGUGCUUAUUUUGGUAGCACCACCCUUCCGCUUCGGCUUGGAGUAGUUCUCAUAAAUAAAACCUAGAAGGAGAACAAACCAGUGUGAAGACUGUAGCAAUAAAAAAACGGGUGUAGAAUAGUAAAUGUGGUGCUCACCUGGUCCUGAGCCUAUAGGUCCCGGCUCUGAGCUGUUUAGGUAUGGUGCCAAUUUAAAUAGGGAUGGCACUGCCCAUAUGGACAUUCCUAGAGGCUCCAGAAUAGACUUGAGCAGGGUAUCUUGAGUAAAAUAAAUUUAUUGAUGUACAAUAACAAAAAAUACAAAGUAAAAAAGUCCUUUGUGGCACAUGUGUGCGCACUCUAUUCUUUCUAUCAGGCAGCCUGGCUCUUUAUAUCAUGAUGAUCGCUGAGGACAGGAGUGAAUCCUUGCCCUCUAUUCUUGUUUUGCCAUUUGUUUCUUUUAAUGGUUGCUUUCUUCAUCAGUGUGCAUGCUCCUUUUCUGCUCUGCUUUUGUGUGUGUGUUGUUCCUUCCCCUUUUGGCUGCUUAAUUUCUGCACACGUACAAAUCGCCACACCACUUUACCGGUGGCUGUGAGUUUUGUACUUUGUGUGUGUGGUGUUUUUUUAUUUUUUUUAUUUUAUUCUCUUGAACCCAAUUUACCUGUAUAAUAACAUUUGGGUCAAUGCUUGGUCGUUUGUCAUGUGCAUAACUAGUCUGCUUAUUCUGUUUCAAUUUUGCCCCUUUUUUUUCUAGUCACUUACCUGACUUGUCGUCUUGUUUUUUUUAAAAUGUAACUUCUCUGUCCAUUUUUCCAUGUUGGUUCUAUGUCAUAUGAAUGUGGUUUCUGCUCCAGGGUGGGACUAGAAUUGUUUGUGUCUUUGUUCAAUUGCCAUACUGGAGUCUUGCUUUUGUUCCGAACUCUUUCCAGUCUUUGUGCCUAUGUCCAUGGAUCGGUUGUCUUUAUAUCAAUUCAUAUUGAACCUCUGGUUCCCUAGCUCCUUUUUAAGAUUCGUCUGCAGCCAUUUAAAAAAAAAAAAAUUAUGCAAUUCUAAGCCAUUCCCAGAAAUGAGAGUAGAUCUAAGAUGUCAUAUGCACCAUGGUUAUGAUGGUGUUUAAAGUGACCCUUUCAACCGAUUGGUUUUGUUUAGAUGGUGAUCCCACACCAGACUAACCUAUUACCAUUAUGUUCAACCUCAUAUUGAGCUCCUGAUACAAUUUCUGCCAAGUCUACGUUGGUAUAGCUGUCAGAGCUAAAUAGAUGAUCUAGAUGUACUUUUUGAAAAGGAAAACAAAAAUCUGCUCUCUAAUGCUCAGUGUUCAUCCUUAUGGGCAAAUAUAACUGUUAUUGUAAUAUUAUUAUUUCGUCCACAGUAAUCGAUUUAAGCAUGUAGCAGAUGUUCCUUCUUCAGUCUUUCUGACAAAAAAAAAAAGAUGGACGGAUAAACAUGGCACUUUUCAGGUUUAUCAACUGUGGUGGAAAGCCAUAUUUAUUUUUUGUUGGUAGAAUCAACACGCUUUAAUCCCAUCAGUACCAAUAUCUAGCUGGUGUUCAGUUUCACAGUAGUACUGGAACAUUAUCAGUGACACAGCAAACUACUUUUAAAGAGUUCAUUCAACCACCAUGACCACUUGUGCUUUUAGACGUGAUCAUGGUUGUAGGAGUCUGUAUGUGCAGCGCUUCUCUUUGAAACAUCCAGACAUAUUUGCACUUGUGGCCGGUGGCUAGUUACACGCCCAACACAGGUGACUUAGGCAGCCUGGUGAGAGCAAAAUAACUAAGGUGCAAGAGAGUACUAAAAAUGGACAAUAGCUCAAGUAGCCUCCCCUUUGCUGGGUCCUCACUCAGAUCUAAAGCUGUUUUUUGCUCAUCUUGUGCCAUUACAAAGAGAACCAUGGUUUGAUUUGCAUAUCAGAAUGAUCCCUCUUAAAAGGGCAGUUCAAAUCCGAAAUGCAGGCUGACUCUCUGCGUGAGAGAUAUAGCAAUCCCAGAUGAUUGUUAAGGCCUCUGUUCCAGCCUGCCUAAUGUCAAUUCUGUGCAAAAAAUAUGGCUGUCGUCAGUGUGCUGGCGACAGACUUAUUGAGUUUCUACCCUUGUAGCGCCUGCAAUGGGAAGCGUUUAUUUUCCCUCCAUCCCUCUUGCCUAAAAACCCUUCCAGCCUCCUUAUAACCUGCAUUAUUUAUUUAUGUUCGCUUCUUUUAACUGCUCAGUGUGCGUGUAAUACGAGUUGUUUGUUCACUUCGACAAUUACCUUGAUCAACUGGUUAAGCUUUUGGAGUAAUGAUGACCAGGUGGGACUUGGAGAUGAUAACUGGUGAACAUGAAGAACCCUAAUGGAUGAGAAAUAGAAAAAAAAAAAAGGGAAAGAUCUAGUGGAGUAUAUAUUUACAUAUGGAGAUGAUGUUUGUCCGUUUGAUGCGAAGACCUAUGUGUGUUCUUAUUCUGGUCAACAUCAGUAGGGUGUAGUGAGUCAAAGCAGUCAAUGUGGUUCCAUCCUGAAGGCCCCUUUUCAGUAUCAUGUUUGUAUUUGCAUGGCCCUAGACCAAAUAUAGGUAGUUGCUUGUUCAAAUGACACUAGAUGGCACAUAUAUUUAAUUUGAUGGUACUAAACCCACUAGAAAAACUUGGGAGGUGUGGGGCUCCUUCUUCAAUAGUAGUGGUAUAUUCAUUUUCUCUCUGUCUCUUCUUGCGAUGGACAUUUUAUUUCCACAUUGAGCGUGUGUUUUGCAAGGUGUUUAGGCUACCAAAACAUGAACGUUCCUGUAUACAGAAGGCACAGAACCGCACUUUUAUGCCUGUAACUGUGAUCCACCAAAUGCUCAUUGCUUAACUUAUUUUCUUUUCCAUUACCACCACUAUAAUUUCAUCAUCAUCUUAUUAUUAUUGGCAUUUAUGUAGUGCCAACUUACUCCACAGCACUUUACGAUAUUAUAAAGGAGAUAUUUAACAAAAAAUUAGAUAAUUACAUAAUGUUACAGGAACAAUAGGUUGAUAAGCAUCCUGCUCCAACAAUAAGCAAUCUAAAAAAAAACAAAAAGGGUUGAGAACACCUAAGAGUUGCUUGAUUUCUAGGUCCUUCAGUACUAUCGAACCCAGAUGAACUGUACCAGGAGUUGUUCCACUCCUUUUGUGCUCCUUGAAUCUGUGAUAAAAGAAGGAUAAGUGAAAAGAAAGCCAUGCCCUUUAAUAUUUUGAAAGUCAAGUAAACUUGUAUGCAAACCACUGUCCCUUCUAAAAAUCAGUUAAUAAGACCUUAACACCAUUGUGGUAGAAUUGUAAUAUCUGCCAAGAGAGGUGUUGAAAAAGAUUGUGAAAUUCAGAUUGCUUACUAAAAUAUUGCAUGUUUAACCCCUUAAGGACCAAACUUCUGGAAUAAAAGGGAAUCAUGACAUGUCAUGUGUCCUUAAGGGGUUAACAUAAACCUGUCAUCUGACACAAUUAUAUUACUCAAUGCUACAGUACUGAUUUACUUUUAGUAAAAAUAGGUACAGUUUUACGUGUCUAACCUGUUGUUUUUUUUGGCCUUACUGCAUAUCCAGUGGCCAAAUAGUUUACUUUACCAUUUAUAAUCAGCAGCAGUGAAUGCAACUGUGUGCUUUUUUUGUUUGAUGUAGCACUUUCUCAAUUUUGGAUGGUUAUACCUUCGACACUUUAGUUGUAUUGAAUUUUUUUCAUCGUAAUUCUGUACCAGGGGCUAAUUGAUUACUUUCAUGGGAUGAUUGCCUUUAACCCCUUAAGGACACAUGACGGAACUAUUCCGUCAUGAUUCCCUUUCAUUUCGGAAGUUGUGUCCUUAAGGGGUUAAGGGACUUAAAAACAAAACAAAAAAACAACCCCACAAUAUUCUGAAAGAACUAUGCCAACAGUUGCCAUUUGCAAAUUGGAGGUAAAUUACAAUCUAGCCUCUAUUCGAUCGAGAAUGGUUUCAGAAUAUUGCCCAGUAUUUUCAACACUAUCACAUUCCAAAAAUGUCACAACAUUUUUCUGCCCGAAACACAGUCAAACAUUAUCCUAAAACUGGACUUCACUUCAGUGGUUAUAAACCACUCAACCUCAGACUUGAUUUUCAUAGAUUGUGCAGUAAAGAUAAUAGCAGGCCUUCCAAUUAUUCUCAUUUCGGCGUGAUAUCCUUGAUUUUAGAGUCCUGUUAGUGUUCAUUGGAUGGUCUGCCCUCAGUGGUCUGGCUUGUUGUGAUUGGCAGACGUUCUGCGUGUAAUCUCUCCCAUACUCUGACCUUUCUCCCUUUAUACUCUUUCCACCAGCCAGAUACAUGGGAUGCCGAUGUUGGGAGAAGGGUAUGUAACGGGUGACAUGUGCCAUUAAUUUGUUGUCUUUUAAAUCAUCAUUAUUGCUUUAAAUGUGUUAAAAUUUUAGUUAUAAUGUUCAUUUGCAUUUUUUUGUUAUCCAUUUCACUGUGCUACUUUGUUACAUUGUAUAUACUUUAUUUGCUUGAAUUAAGGGAUCCUUUGAAUAAAUUUGUUUCUUGUAGACAUCAUAAACCUCUGUGGUUUGGGUGUUCUACUUGGGUCCAAACACUUCAAGCAUUUUAUUUUAUUUUAUUUAACAUUUAUAUUUUUCAGGGUAUUGGUUAAUUGUUGUAUUCAGUGGAAUAUGAAAUAAUUUUUGGUGUAAAUUUAAUUUACAAAGUGUCUAAUGGUGCAGUUAACUCUUUAAGGACCAAACUUCUGGAAUAAAAGGGAAUCAUGACAUAUCACACAUGUCGUGUCCUUAAGGGGUUAAGGGACUUCCCUUCAUAAGGAUUUUGAUUGCCAAAUUUGACUGCUUAAUGUAUGAAAUAGGGCCUACAACAAAUCGAUAAUGGCACCUGUAUCAGAACAUUGAUGUUGGGAUCACCUUGACCUUUUCAGUAGCUCAUCAACCAUUUAUCAUGUCAAUUAUUAUCAUACAAUAGUUUGUAAUUUAUACCUGGGUCUGAGAUUAAAACUAUCAAUGUUUAUAUCCGUGUAUUCAAUUAACUUGAUACUGGUUCAUUUCCUUGUAAUUGUCCAAAGUUGUUAAAUGGACUAAAACCAUAACACUAAAUAUGCUCAGCUUGCCUGAAGAGACCAGUAAUUGUCGGGUGAGUUUCACCAAAGUUGGUUCCUUGGAACCCCCACUGUAAUCACUGGAGAUAUUCAAUGUACUGACCAAGGAAUGUACUGACCAGUCCAGCUCCUGGGAGGAUAUGUUGGUUGUAGCCAGUAUUAAUAAAUGUGAGCCUCGAAAAAUAUGUUGUUCUCUAGAAUAGGCAGCAUCCAGGAGUUCCUUUUUAUUCAGUUUUUCAUUGAUGAAGGAUUCAUGAUAUAUUGGCUGGAAUAAUUAAUUGUGGAUCUAAUUAAAAAAACAAAACAAAAAAAAACUUCAAAGAUGAACCCUCACAACUUUAAAUAUUACACCAUUAAACUAAAACAUUAAAAAUCACCUGUGACAUAUGUUAACACCUUUACCUUGUGAUACUUCAUUUACUUUUUAAGUUUAUAUUAAAGGGUUAGCAAUUAACACAAUAAUCCAACUCGGUCAAGGCACAGACAAGGCACACAAUGUAAAUGAGGAGGAGAGAAAUUGUAAAGGUUUCAUUAAUCCUAUUCUUUGUAUGCUUUCUUAAUGCUGGCUGCUUUAAGACAUGGCUGAUAACAAUGAUUGACAUGGAUCUUACAGCAUCUGUAAGAUAAAGAUGCUUGAUUUAAUAUUAAAUUUUAUUUUUCACAGAUACAUAUUUGUUAUAUGUAAGGCACAACAUACUACAUUUCCCUAAAAAUAGGAAUGCUAACACAUUAGCAUAUUUAGAGCAUGCGUCAAUAUGGAGCACUAUAGGGUCAGGAACACAAACUUGUAUUCCUGACCAUAUAGGGUUAAACCUACCAUCUAGCCUGGUCCCCUCAUGUGUCCCUAAAUAUAGUAAAUCUUACUUGUAUUCAAGCCUGAAGCUGCUGGCUUUGUCCCUGUUUCCUUUUGACCAGCCCACUGCCUGCUGACAUCAGCAGAAGUGGUAGCAUGAUCCAAUCACAAUAACAGCCAUCUGAGGAGUGGCCAGUGGAGGUAUUCCUAGGCUGUAAUGUAAACAAUGCAUUUUCUCUGAAAAGACAGUGUUUACAUCAAAAAGCCUGAAGGUAAUGAUUCUACUCACCAGAACAAAUUCAAUAAGCUGUAGUUGUUCUGGUGACUAUAGUGUUCCUUUAAUGCUGGCUACCAUGUUAAAGGACAUGGCUGAUAACAAUGAUUGACAUGGAUCUUGUGUGGAGGCCGCCAGUUGUAAGAUAAAGAUGCUUAAUUUAAUAUUUAAAGGGACACUAUACUGUCAGGAAAAUCGCUUGGUUUUCCUGACACUAUAGUACCCUGAAGGUGCCCCCACCCUCAGUAUCCCCCUCCCACGCCGCUGACUCACCCUUUUCCCCGCUGGGCUCCCUUACCUCUCCUCCCCCGCCGACGUCACCAUCCUUGUUUGACGUCACCGGCGCCGAAUGCGCGGCACUGCUAUGUUUAAAUCAGGCAGGGUUAACCUAGAGGGACCUGACACCCAGACCACUUCAUUGAGCUGAAGUGGUCUGGGUGACUAUAGUGUCCCUUUUUAAUUUUAUUUUUCACAGUUCACAGAUACAUAUGUUAUAUGUAAGGCACAAGUAAACCUACUACAUUUCCCUUUAAGAAAUUAUUGUAAAUUACCUAGAUCAGUGUCAAUGAUGUUACAUAAUAUGUAAAAAUAGAAAAGCUAACACAUUAGCAUAUUUAGAGCAUGCGUCAAUAUGGCUGUGUGCCUAACCCAGUAUGCUUUCAGUAUUUCUCAGAAUACAUGUGUAUCAUGGAUGAGUUUACAUGGUGUGCACACCAAGCUUCUAUGCAUCAUACAACUGGAACCAUACCUGAAAGUGGCAUGGUUUAUUAAAUGAAUUACAUGUGAAAAUAUAUUUGCUAACAAUGAAUUACAAUGUGGGUUAUAUUUUGCUAACAAGAGUACAAUUUGGGUAUAUUGAUUCGGUUCACAUCUCUACGUUUCUUCUAUAAAUAGCUGAACGUGCAAUCUUGCUUGCAUUAUGCAAGCAGUAGCUCAUUCCGUGUUGUAACCUAUGUAAAGUAUAUUUUUGAUCAGCUCAUUCUAUGUGAAUUAUAGUUUACAUAUUCAGCAUUAAUCGGUGCACUUGCCCUUUUGCAGGUAACAUUACAGUACAGGGGAGGUAGUGGAAGUGCAUUAUUUAUGCAGACAUUACACUAGGGGGUUUCACUCACAGGUCAGUGGGUCUGUGCUAAUCCCUGAUUUUUGAAAGCAGAAUAUUGAGUGGGGUUUCAGGAAUAAUGUGAUGCAAACUUCAGGUCCUUUUCUGCAGGAAAAGUUUAACUGCAGACCCCCAUUGGUUGGACCCAGCUUCACAUAUUUAUUAACACUUAAAGGAACACUAUACUAAUGUGUAUUUCUGACACUAGGUCUAAAUAACCUCAAGUUUAAAAGGUGAUUUACUCACCCCAGCGCCACCCGGGUCCGGUCGGGGCUGGCUCCGUCCCGCCCUCUUGGCUGAGAUCAUCAGACUUGAUAAUCUCAGCCAAUCAAAUGCUUUCCCAUAGGAAAGCAGUGGGAGGCUAGUGUGCAUGCGCAGCAAAACGCAGCUCUGCGCCAAUCAGCAUCUCCUCAUAGAGAUGCAUUGACUUAAUGCAUCUCCAUGGACACUGGAGGUGUCCCUAGACAGUAAAAUAAAAUAAACUAAAUAACCUCAAGUUUAAAAGGUGAUUUACUCACCCCAGCGCCACCCGGGUCCGGUCGGGGCUGGCUCCGUCCCGCCCUCUUGGCUGAGAUCAUCAGACUUGAUAAUCUCAGCCAAUCAAAUGCUUUCCCAUAGGAAAGCAGUGGGAGGCUAGUGUGCAUGCGCAGCAAAAUGCAGCUCUGCGCCAAUCAGCAUCUCCUCAUAGAGAUGCAUUGACUUAAUGCAUCUCCAUGGACACUGGAGGUGUCCCUAGACAGUAAUGUAAACCCUGACGUUUCCCUGAUAAGGCAGUGUUUACAUUAAAAAGCCUGCAGGGCCUGACUAUAUUUUGGUGGUUCUAAUGACUAUAGUGUCACUUUAAGUUCUUUCUAGUCUGGAUGUUUCCUGCUAGAAACACUCCACUGACGUGUCUGGUAUCCUGUUCUGUGCUCUCUUUCAACCAAUAUCUAUCUCCUGUUUACUUUCAUUUAAAAUAUUAUUUACUUAUCGCCCCAGAUGACUUAACUUUUACUUCCACAAAACCCAUGUUUUCUGUCUGACACUUUUGCCCUCAUUCACUUCACUUACUAACUUUAAUUUUCCUCUGUCCUUAACUGGGCCCCCUAUUUUUCUCCACCCUAACCCUAUUCAUUCUAUUGUCUGUACCUCUGCCUUGCCUUUCUGAACCCCAGUUCUAUGGCCCUUGUAAUCUGAAUCCUUUAAGCUAUUUCAUAAAUGUUUUACACCUUUUCUUCUUACACUCAUCCUUCAUUUUAUAUCUUUUUACAAAACCCACAAUCCCGGCUUUUAAUUUCUUCUUUUUCUUUAAUCCAUUCUAUCUGUCUCCAUUUAACACCGGUGUCACCAACUAUAUUUCUUAAAUGUGUUUCUAAUGCUCCCCCUGUAUACAUUGUUCCCCUUUACCCUCCAUGACUUGUCUCUAUAUAUUAGAUUUACCCCUGCUGCCAUAAUACCAUUUCUCAUCUCUUCUAAUUUCACUGGCAAAUCUGUUUCUUUUCCUGUAUUUUUUUUUCUUUUUUCAUCUGGGCUCCUCUGUUUCUAUCCUACCUUUGCCUUUCACUCUAGUUGCCUCCCUCCCUAUUAAAUCUCUGCUCACGUAAACCUAGCCUUCCCGGACUAUAUUAGCAAAGGCCCUGUAACAUUACACCUCUGACGUCACACACUACAAUACAGCACACCUGGGCUGACAGGUUUCACCACAGAUUAACAACAAUGCUUUUGUUUUGUUGUGUCCAAAGUGCGCUGUCAUUGUACUGCUGUCUGUAACCCUUUCACCUCUGGGCGUGCAAACAUUAAUGAGCAUUAUAGACAUAAUAAAAGUGACUAAAGAACAUGACGUCUAUUCAGGAGCGCACACUAGAAGUGGUUGCGUUUUGAAUAACCAUAAUUGUUGCCUGUGACCUGUGCGAUAAUGUAUCUCUUUACUCUGUCAUAUACAGGGUUAAAACUAGAAUGUAAUAAUCUGUAUAUCCAUGGUCAUAAAAUGAGUUCUGUAACAAGUCUUUCACCUCUGCAAAAACUCAGUAAAGUCUGUAUUCCACCUAACGACCGACUGAACUAUCAGGCUUAUUGAUAUUUCAAAACCUGACUGUUUAUCAACUACAUUUGACCUGGACUGAUGGUUCAUUUUAAAUCUCCAGAUUUUGUACAAAAAGGCAGUCUGAAGUAGAUAGUGUAUGAGUAAUUCUGCACUGUGCAAGUAUAUCGUUUAAAUGCAGGAAGCUCACUAUUUGAGUGCAAUUUGAGUAGAAAGGAUAACCCUAUUUGUAGAGAAGGGAUCCACUGCCAAACCAUGUCUGCUAAUUGGAGUGGUCUGGGUGCCAACUCCUAUCACCCUUAACCCUGCAAGUGAAUUUAUUGCAGUUUUUAUAAACUUCCGUGUUCUUAAAACACAAAGUGUUUUAAACGACACUGGACAUCUUCACGCUAUGCAUUCAAUAAUGCUUUACUAUGGGGAGGUCUAAUGCACUCGCGGCUAUUGCAGCGCAUGCGCAUUAGAUCUCCCCUGUCGGCGGAGGAGCAUGGGCGGAGCCUGACGCAGCGCCGAGGGACAUCGGCACUGGAUUCAGGUAAGUCACUGAAGGGGUUUUAACCCAUUCAGCAACAUGGGAUGGGGGGUGGGAGGGAGAGGGGCACUGCAGGAUAUGUUUUCCUGGCACUGGAGAGUCCCUUUAAAAUGUUCACGGCUGUUUGUGACUUAAAUGAUAACUGUCACCUCAAAACUAUUUUUAAUAUAAUAAUCUUUUCAUCGCUUUUUGGAAAGAAUGUGUUUGGAAAAAAUUAAUCCCUACGUUUUUGUAUGUGACAUAAUAAUUAAAGGUAGGAAUUACUUUAAAAAAAAAAUAAAUAGAUUGGGGGGGUGAGGUUGGGAGGGGAAAGGGAUUCUUUAAAAAAAAAUAAUAAUAAUUGUUUUGAGGUGACAGUUGCUCGUUAUCGCUGUGUAGUGUGUACAAUUAAGUUUUCUGUUUGAGUAUAUCUAGAAAAUGAUUUUGGAAAAUUAUUUAAACUGAUCCUAUGCAGGUAUUCCAUAUUUAUAAUUUUUUUUAAAUAACUAAACAAAAACAAGUUAACUUUUAUUGCAUUGGGAAAUUUCGCCCGAACAACAACAUUAUUAAAUAAAUAUAUAUAUAUAUAUAGAUUUUUUUAAUUUUUUUUUUAUUGUCCUUGAGUAUUAGCGCAACACAUUUAAUAUAAAAUUGAUAAAGGUUGGUGGGGCAAAAUAAUAUUAGUUUGGUUUCAAAUAAGGCAAUCUUUUUUUAUUUUAUUUUUUUUUUAUUUUUUAUUAAUGACCUACAGAUAAAAAGAAGCCAGCUGUCCCCUGGUUUAUUCGGAUUCAUUGUCACCAUUUCCCAAGUUUAUAUCUUGUACAUCAUGUUCACUUGAAAACCUGAAGAUUUAUUAACUAAAUUGUGAGUUUUGGGGAAUUCUAAGUGAAAUUCAAACUUCUUAAAUUGCUGAACUAUAAAAAUAGCUGACUUGGAGAUUCUUUUUAUUCAAAUUCAAUUAUUUUGGCCUAAAACUUUAAAUUUACUUUGAAUUCCCAACAAUUGACACAAAUGGGUGAUUAACCUUCCAAAUCUUCUCAAAUCUUACUUGAACUCCUAGACUCAUGGAGUCAUUGAGUGCUACCUUCUGCUAUUUCUCUGAUAACUGUUCUUGUUCUUUAAUGGCUUUUCUUCUCUUUCCCCUGACAGGCUCCACCUACAGUGUUCUUACCACCAUGCCGUCGGACUCUGAGAGCAGUGGCUCACUCAGCAGUGUAGGUGAGUAGACCUGAUGUGCUUUAAGUAAUUAUUCUGUUUAGGCAGUGACUGUCAUGUAGGAUGGGGUUAGGUUUAAAGUCUUCACCGAUAAUGUGCUUAAACCUGUUUUUUAAAAUGCAAUAUAUCACAAUAUAGUAUUUUGGUUUUCCCUUUUAAUGAUAUGACCUGAAUAGUGCUUAUUCCUUUUUGUGUUACAGUAGAUAUGUCAACAAAAUCUCUGUACAUAGUAUGAUAAAAACAUGGUGGUGGAUAAGGUAUGAAGGUUCAAAGUGUGAACAAUGUCACAGCAAUUGAAAAUCUACCAAAACCUAAGCCUUGUAGUGAACGAACAACUUACUGUAACAAAAAUAAAAAUAUGAAGCCAAAGGUCAUACAGUCACCACAGAAAUCACAGCUGCAGUAUCCAGUAGACUUGGGUGGUGCCAACAUUUUGUUUCCUCCGAACACAUUUCCAUGAAAAGAAAUUCUGUUUAACUUUUAUCCAUUUGCUCAUUCAGUUUUGGACAAAAUUUGGACCUUGUUUUCAUUUCGGUAUUCCGAUCCGUGCUGCGGCUGCAUCUUGCAUUAGGUAAUUUCCUAAAUUCGUAACAUUGUGGGAUUGCCACAGUGGCUGCACGCUGUUAUAAUAAAUGACUGUCCAGUCCAAUAAAGGGGGACGUAGUCCCCACAGUCUCCACACAUUGGCAGAGAGCGGGGGCACUAAAUAACAAGGGGUAUUCACCUAUUGUGUCCCCCCCAGCCUCUACCCAUUGGCAGCUGGUGGGGACUCUAAAUAAUAAGGGGGUGGACCUUUUGCCACCCCAUAAAAUUUUUCGAAGCCUUUAGUCUCCCCCCACAUAAAAAGUUCUCUACCUACCACCUUCACCGAAUAAUAGUAAGUGGGGGCAAUAAACAAAAUACUUGUAAAAUGAAAAAAUAAUUGUACUUGCCAUUAGAUGUUAUUUUUUGUUCCAUCUGCUUUUCUUCACCCCCAAAAUUUCCAAACAAAAACUCUAUAAGGUUGCAAGCGACUAUUAAAAUAAAGAAAGGACCCAAUUGCAAAAAAACAAACAAAAAAACCACGGUAAGAAAAUAAAAUCCGGGCAGAAAAACAAUCUGCGAGUGCUCUAUGCAGACUGACCUUAUAAAGCUUUCCCACACUUUGCAAUUUAAGUCGGAGCAUUCUAAUUUGUUGGCUUAGCCAAUCAGAGCGUUCUGACACACACUUUAUAAUGUUUAUUGCACUCCUUCCUACUACUAGCAUGAGGGGAGUAGGUAGGGUGCUUUUAAAAAAAAAUAAAAAAAUAAAUAAAAAUUUUGUUUUUGAAUGAGGGGUUGACUAGAGGCUUGGGGACUCUUAGUCACUGGAAAGGGCAAUAUCUAUCCCCUUAUUAUUUAGGGCCCCCAUCUGCCACCAAUGGGUGAGGGUCGGGGGGCGGGGGGCAAUAGGAGCCUCCCCUGUUAUUUAAGGCCCCCACCAGUGGUAGUGGCUGGUGGGACACUUUAUCCCCCUGUUAAUUUUAUCUAAAAGCCCCCACCCAUGGCCAUCUUUUAUUUGAUUAGUGACUAGGCGGGAGAAUAUAUUAUUCUCCUAUGGGGGUCAUAUUGACUACCAUAGUUCUAGGGUGAGGGAGAGCAAAGGGGAUUUAAGGAAUUAUAUCUUUAAAUAUUGCAAGGAGGUAUCCCUAAGCCAGUAGCUCCCUCCUUGCAAUUGUAACAAACAAACAAAUUGUACAGGCGAAAUUUCUUCCAAAGAAAUUAGUUCAUUUCAUUCGUUGUAAUUUGUAUUCGUCCAGUCGUCUUUCGGAAAAACGGACAAAAUUCAGAUGAAUACGUGUUUAAUGCCCAAGUGUAGUAACCAGUAAUCUGUCAAACUCGUCAGUCAGUAUGUUAAUCUGAACUCUGUAUCAUAGGUAUAUUUUUAGUAAAUCUAGAUAUGACAAAAUGUACUGUAUACUUCUGAAUCCAGGGGCAUAACAAUAGCCCACAUGUAUAUAUUAUUUUAUUAUUUAUAUAGCAACAGCAAAUUCCGUAUCACUGUGUGACGAACGCUCCUCUGCCUGGAGCCAUGGGCUCUUGGAGGAGUGUGGAUGCUAGCCUCCUGCUCACUGACUAUGGGCCAUAUACAAAGACCCCGUUCGGAAGUUAAAUCUCCCCAACCGCCAUAAGUGGCUUGCCCUGGGCGUCUCUUGUUCGGCACUUUACGGAGCUAAAAAUAACCAACUUGACCGGACAUCCCCAAGCCAACCAGUUGGGGUCUAGGCGGGUAUACCGUACCAUGGAACUGGGGGGGAGCUAUGUGACAAAACACCUAUUUUGCCUUCCCAGGAACCAUUCUCUUCCCCAGUUCGGGAAUCUGUUUAAACUUUGUUUUUAUGUUACCAAAGCUGACCGACCGCUAGCACUGAUUUCAUGGAACUGUUUUGGGCAUAGGACCAUGUGCACGGUUGGUCAAAUAAUUGGCUUGCAUGGAAAUCUCUAACCCCUGAACCGAUCUGGGUGAUUUUUGGAUAUGUUGGUCACCCAGAUUGGGGCUAUCAGGGGAUGUAACUUUUGCGGGGUUUUCGUGUAUUUUAUGUGUAUUUUGGAGUGUUUUAUACAUUGUGUGUUUUCUGUGCCUGGAGAUAAUUGAGUUUGUACAGUUCCUGACUCAAUUAUCUCUCAGGCACAGGGGACGAAUUACCCUGUUUUGUGUGGAAGUGUCCUGGGCGUGUUUGCUGUGACUCUGGAAUGUAUAAAAGCAAGCCAUUGAGCCUGGAUUAAACCGAUCAUCUUAACCUUUCAUAAAGUCUAGGCUCAUGUUUGGGGGAUUGGAAGCUAUAUUCACACUUAUAAUCACUACGGCGCUUGGGAUUUGGGAGAUGCUGGAGUACUGGGAACCGUUGCAUGCUGUACAAUGGGUGGACUAACAGAUAUAUGUGUAAAUAUAUCUAUAUAUUUGCUUACUUAAGCAUAUGUCUGUUUCAGCAUAUGUAUGUAUACGUGAGUAUAAAAUUAUUUUUUUCCCAUCAAUUGAAAUUCUUAAAGCAUAAAUGUACAAAUUUUGUAGCUAGAACAAUAAUCUCUAGUAAAUGAAACAGAGGGACACCGCACUCCCUGACUCGAGGUAGGCCAGACCUUAAAUGACAGAUAAGACAGAACAUAGAAACACAAGUUUCAAGGAAUAAGCAGAUUUACUGGGAAAGUGUACAGCAACGUUUUGACCCCAAGGGGUCUUUGUCAAGCCUCAUCAGAACAAUAAUCUUUAGCAGAAGAGUUUUUUUUUUGGGGAUCACAAAUUGUAAAAGUCUGCUAAAUGAUGUACAGGUGGAAGAAAAAACAAUUUUGGGUUGCUGUUGCUGAAUAGGUUUAGAUACAUUUUUGAAUAUAGAGAAAUAAAGCAUACCAAUACCAGAGCUCCUAAAUUAAAGGAUUCAUGAAAAGUCAGAAAAAGAGAAUUCCAACAAAUGUGUAUAGUAAAAUUUUUUUUUUUAAAUAUUCAUUAGGACAAAGUUAAAUUAGUUUGACAUAACAAUGUCAAUAAGCAGGAUUUUGGGUGCAGUUUGUGUUGGGCAAAACUCCUUCAGUCUGCUUAACACUGUCAAAGAAUAUCGGAAAGAGGGACCACAGAAAAGAGGGAAUCCUACGUGUAUGCUUCUUCCCUCCACAUAAAAAAUUCUCUACCUACCACCCUCACCGAAUAAUAGUAAGUGGGGGCAAGAAACAAAAUACUUGUAAAAUUUUAAAAAAAUUGUACUUGCCAUUAGAUGUUAUUUCGUGUUCCAUCUGCUUUUCUUCACCCCCAAAAUUUCCAAACAAAAACUCUAUAAGGUCGGAAGCGACUAUUAAAAUAAAGAAAGGACCCAAUCGCGCAAAAAAAAAAAACACGUCAAGAAAAUAAAAUCCAGGCAGAAAAACAAUCUGCAAGUGCUCUAUGCAGACUGACCUUAUAAAGCUUUCCCACACUGUGCAAUUUAAGUUGGAGCAUUCUAAUUUGUUGGCUUAGCCAAUCAAUCAGAGUGUUCUGACACACACCGUCGACGGGCUUGGAAUAUAGAAAGUCUUUCUUUCAUUGUGCACAGGACCUGGACACUUUCAUCAACAUGGAGUGUUUGUUAUUCUUUAUCACCAUUCUGUUAUCUCCUGGUGACUUUUUUGACUGUAGGCUCAACAGUUAGGUUUGGGAUACAUACAAGUAGACAGAUUUUCAACUAGCUAGUAAAUUACUAUUAUUAUUAAUGCAUGUGAAAACUCUUCUUGUAUAACUGCUCGGUUCUGCUGCCUCUUUCAUUUCCAGGUACGACCAACAAGCCCUCUUCUCCUCCACCUUCUGCUGCUGAUAGCCGUCACAUGAGUGAAAAGUUGGACACUAUAUUGUCGCAGUUGCGCCAGGUGACAAGAGAAAGGGAUGAGCUCCGCAAGAGGCUCGCGCUGUCCUCCCCGGGAUCAACAUUUGAUGACUGCAGGUAAGAAGAGAGAUCUCAAACUCUGGAGCUACAUUUUGUGAUCAUGGUUUAUCCAAGUCCUGGUAAUUUUGUAGGACUUCAGGUGCCUAAUGAUGGUAGCAAGUUUAUAUGUCAAAACCAGUUUCCAUAUUAAAAAAGUGUGCAUAUAUACUUUUCUGUGUAAAACACACACACACAAAAUAAUUGUGAUAUGUGUCUAAUUUCUACCUAGUAAACAUAGGUUGAUACACCUUAAAGCAGCACUCAGUUGAACAUUAGAAUUUAUUGACAAUUUAGAAGAUAUAUCCCAAAUGAAAACAUGCAUGUAUUUUUUUUUUUUUCCCCCUGCAUGUUUUACUUUGAGGGUAUAUGUGAAAACAGCUUGCAAAAACACUCAAUUUAAGUCUGACUGGGAAUACGCCAAUCGGAGGCUUCUCAUUGAGCUGCAAUUGUGGCUUUCCAAUGCUACUCAAUGUGCUGAAGUAUAGUUAAUUGAAAAAGUGGGAAGACAGGCGCACACUAGCUAGCCCAGUGCACCUUCUGCUUCUGUUGGCUCUGUGAACAGUCUGGGAGGUGUUUCUGCCCCCAAUUCUAAUAGGACUGGUGUUUAUUAGAAUCUGCAAUUUUUAUGAAUUGUAACAAAUGACGGACUCCAAACACAUAAAGCACUUCAGCAAACUGAAGUGUUUUGUGUCUGGAGUGUUCCUUUAAGUGUUACUGUUGCACACAAGAUGACAUGUUUUAUACAAAGCAUGUCUGGUUUUAUCUAGGUUUGUAUGGGUUUCUGUAAGGAGCUAGCCGAAUUUUGCUAAUGUGCCAACUGUAGUAGGUUACAGGUUUUUGUUUUCGGCAUUGUCACAACCUUUCAUUUUUUUUAAGACUGAAAAAUGAAUAUCACAAAGUUUGGGUUAAGGUAACAUUAUAUCUAUCCACUUCUGAUUCAGCUGAAGGAACCCUCCAGUCUCCUAAAGCAGCUGCCUGAAAAGCAUUAUGGUUUUUAUCUGAAAAGGGACAAACUUUCUAUAUUUAUAUUGUUUUUUGUGUGUGUGUGUGUGUGUGUUUUAAAGGGACGCAAUAUGUAGGAACCCUCCCACACCAGGAAUUUUCUGAGUGAAACAUAUGAAAGUCUCAUAUUAAUUUGCUUUUGUAAAAUUCGAUAUUUGUUAAAUCUGCUUAAUUGUAGUAUACCUUUCAAUUGUCGAUUAUUACACAUUUAUUAUCAUGUUACAUGUGUUCAAUAUUGGCCUACUACUUUCGCGUCUUUUUACUAAACUCCUUAAAACUGUAGGACAUAUUAAAAAGACGUGUCACUUGAAGUGUGACACAAACACAUGGUGUCCCUUCUGUUAUCAUUAUGUAUGUUUGGUUGUAAGUAGCUGGCUGACUGUUCUGUAAUGGGCUAUAUUGUAAAUGGCUAUAUUGUUGUCUUUGAUAAAAAUUGAGCCACCUAGUGGUGCAUUCUGGAUUUGCUGCAUGUAAGCUCAAUCUGCUGCAGUUCUGCUGAUUGUCUGGGCUUUCUCUUUAUUGAUUAUAUACUGAAAAAGGGAAUGGUCAGUCUGCUUUAGCACCUUUUCAAAUGCUAUAGUUGGACGAAAGAAAAUGUAGAACGUUCCAUGAAUGUAUGGAAGUACAAAAUAAUACAUACAAAGGCUAUAAUUACAAUACAUAUAUUCUUUUAUUUUAAUUGCACACAAUCCCAAAUCCCUAUGCACAAUUAAAUAAUUUAUAGUAUCACUCCAGUGGCUAUUUGAGAGCAAGAUCACUGGCCACGUCAAGGCUCUUAGGUGAGUCCUAAACUAACAAGUCACCUUGCUGUCUUCUGCUAACAGGUAAAAGUCUCCAACGAGACAAAGAGGGGCAUUUUUCUAAACCCCUACACACUUAAUAAGCCUUAAUAAGGAACACGUGGGCUGGUUGCCAGCACUGUAACAUGGCUGUGUAAUACAAAAGCAAAUGAAAACAUACAAAAAUAAGCUCUGCAUUAAAACUCCCACUACUCCUGGGCGGCAACCAUGACUAUUGUACACUUCAGGCCCAAUUCUCUGAAACUGCUAUGUUUACUGCAAAAAGGGUUAAACCUAGCUGGACCUGGCACCCAGACCACUUCAUUAAGCUGAAGUGGUCUGGGUGCCUAUAGAGGUCCUUUAAUGUUAAAUCUACACAGGUGACAUCCAUAUUCUCAUGACAAACACUCCCCAGCUAACAGACUUGUUUUACUAUUUUUUUUUUUUUAAGUGCAAAUCCUUAAAAGUACAAAUUCUUUGCAACUGGCAACAUUUUAUUUACUGUGUGUUCAGUAAUUUUAAAUGUACGAUUGUGAAUUCAAAUGUGAAACGUGUAAGCUGUAAAUGGCAAUCUAUUUUGAGAACACUCACAAUUAAAAUUUCAAGACUUAAAGCCCUAAUUCUUUAAGAAUCUAUAACGAUAUUACUGAACCUGAAAUGUUAGUCAUCCAUUGUGCACUGUUUAUAUUCAGGUCAGGGUUGAUGUUAUUGUCUGGGGAUUGUGUUCUCAAGUUAUCCCAGUCUCUUUCUUUUUAAUAAUUAACACUGCUCUUUUUAAGUACAUCAAGACUUCCUCUUCUCUCUCCUUUUGUCAAAAGACCGAGUCCCAAACUCACUCCAGAUUAUGAACGGCUGAAAAUCCAAUGUAUGAAAGCGAUGUCUGAGCUGGAGGCAUUGCAGAGUCAGCACUCCAAGGCCCUAAAGAAGUGUGAAGAGGCUGCAAAGGAAGCAGACUUCUAUCAGUAAGUCGAGAUUGUCUGUUCUCUGGAGGCAGACUCUAAGCACUAUAACCACUUCAUCUCACUAAAGCUAUAGUGUCUGCAGCCCCCUGGUAUGCCCCUUAGUUCAGUGUUGAAUCAUUCUUUAAUGGUUUAAGACUAUGAGUGUCCCCAAAACGCUCAUCCUUGGCCCCUCGUUGCCUCUUGGUCUAAUGUUUCUACUUUAGUCCGAGCAGCGAUGGGUGCCAAUGAUUCACUAAAAGAGUGAGCUGACAUCUCCCCAUUGAUGGUGUGGUUAAGGCAGAGUGUAGCCUCUACUGUAGCCAAACCUCCAAUGGGAGCCGGGCUUCAGGCAGUUUAGUACUAAACUUCUCUAAAAUCUUUUUUAGAGUGCUGCAGACUCUGGGCACAUUAACCACUUUAAUGAGAUUAAGUGUUUUUUUUUUUUUUUUUUGUGCCUAGAGUGUCCCUUUAAUGGACAAGGUGAAAAACUUCUUGAGAAAUGAAUUAACUUAAUGCAGUUUUACUGGUUGUAUUAAUGAUGUUUUUUCUUUGUCACCCACAACACGUUUUUGAUUGCUACAUAAAGUAUUCUGUCCACAUUGUAGUUUCAAUUUUUUUUUUUUUUUUAAAUUGUUAAAGCCUUGUGCUGCAAUUUAGUUUUUUCUACUCAAUACCCAAUAAUGACAAUACAAAAAAAACCCAUAUUUUUUUUACACCAUUGAAAAUAUAUUAAUACAUUUAUAAUAUAUAAUUUGUUUAAAAAAACUUUAAAAAAACUAAAAUUUCAUAUUGACCUAAGUAUUCAGACCCUUUACUCACUAUUAUUUGAAGCAUCUUUCGCAGUGAUUACAUUCUCAAGUCUUUUUGGAUUUAGGUCGUUUCUGCUAUUCAUCUCUGCAACUCAAGCUUUGCCAGAUUCAAUGGGGACUGUCAGUGGACAGCCAUUUUUGUGUCUCUUCAGAGAUCUGUGAUUGGGUACAAUUCCAGGCGCUUUCUGGGCCGACCAUGGACAUUCACAUAGUUGUCUCUAAGACACUCUUACAAUGUCUUGGCUGUGUGCUUAGUGUCAUUGUACUGUUGGAGGGUAAACCUUUGGCACAGUCUGAGGUCCUGAGUGCUUUGGAACAGGUUUUCAUUAAGAAUCUCAAUGUAUUUCAAUGCGUUCAGCUCAGAUAAGUUCCAUCAACCCUUACCAGUCGUCCAGCCCCUGCCACUGAAAACCACCUCCAAAUCAUGAUGUUACUUCCACUACGCUUCAUUAUUGGAAUUGUAUUAUUCAAUUGAAGUGGACAAAACCUUUAUAGUGUUGGUGCUUUUAUAUCUUCUCCAGCACCCUGCACAGCCGUGUCCUUGGUGAUCAGACUCAACUGCAGGAGGAUAGCGAGGGUCUCCGCAGGAAACACUCCCAGCUUCAACGAGAGUUCACACAUUUGCAACAGUCCUGCCAAGACCUCAAGAGAAUGCAUGAAGCUGAUCAAAAGGAAAUCUCGGAACUACGCCGGCAACAGCAACUGGUAAUUAUACAUUUUUAUUAUUAUUUAUUUAUUUUUACAGUUUCCUCAAGUCCUAAAAGUUGUUCUAAUCAUUCACCAAUGAGAGCCCUGCUAAGACAAAUUGAACCAGGUUACACUUCUUAAUAACAACAUAACACAUGGAAACAUUCAGUUUGGCAAAUAGUCAUGAAACAAGAAAAUAAAUCUUCACAAUGUACAGGUGUAACCAUAUGAAAGUUCUAAUGAGCAAUGUGCAGGUUUUUUCCAUCUGACAUAAAAAUAUGGCAUCACAGUAGCAAUGAUGGCUAAUGUUUUUAAUGGCUUUUUGACGUAAAUGGGCAUGCCAUCCACAAAGGUAUUAGUAAGAGGGAGAACAUAAACAAGGGCAGUCUCUGUCUCUCUCUCUUACUUGAGUGGAUUACUAGUAACUAGGUUAACAAGUUUCCUUCUUGCAAAAUAGGUUUGUAAUAAUCCAUAAAUUCAGGAUGUCCAUUUUUUGUUUUUUUCUUGUUGUAAAGAAAGCUUAUAGGUACAUUUUAAUAUAUGCCUUAAGGAUAUAUGUAGCAAGAUAUGGGGCUAAUGCAUAAUAAAAUAAAUGUUGGACGACUGGGAGAAAUACUCAAAAUUGUAAAGCUCACAAAUGAAAUGUUGAUCAAUAAAUGUACAAUGGAGUUUAGUUAGUUAUGGGACUUUUUUUAUAUAAUAUAUUUAUUGUCCCUAACAGGUUGUGAAUCAGAACGGUUCCUCUGAAGUCAUCAACAAGUUGUAUGAUACAGCUUUGGACAAGCUGGAAGGUGUGAAGAAAGAUUACGAUUCUCUACGUAGACAGUACAAUGAGAAAGUAUCUAGUCAUAACUUGGACUUAGGCAGGCUGGAGCAGAGCGAGGAAGAAAAGCGGAGCCUGCAAAAACAACUAGAGGGGCUACUGAAACAGAGAGAGAACGCCAUGCACCUUCAGCAUCAAUUCUCUUCUUCUAUGAGAAGGUAAAUGCCAUGUGCGAGGUGGCUAGUUUGAAUAGGUGAGGAGGGUCCACCUAUAAGCAGAAUGCACAGUAAACACUGCUGAAUAUAACUGGUAAUUGGAAAAGUGGACAUUUGUACUAUAUCUCCCAUGAUACUUUGGUAGCAUUAUAGCUGUAAGAUGAAGGUUGCCUUCCCCUGCUCUAGUGGUAAUUACAGUAGGACGCAGUGAGAAUUGAAAGUGAAUUUCAAAUGUAAUACCAGAGUAGCUGAUUGGAAAGCAUAGGGGACUUAGAUAGUGUUUCCCAGUUUGGCUAAUUUGACCUUUAAAUUUGAAUUUCACUUUGAAUUCUCAGUUUAGUGAAUAACCCUGACAGUCUAUUCAGGUAAAAAUAUUGACCUUUAAAUGAAAAGAUUAAGAACUUUAAAUAAUCUUAUUUUUAUUUUGAACCGUAAAUGACCAUGGUAUGCCUCCCCAUAGGUAUGAUUCCAUUCAGCAGGAACUGAACAAGGCCACCAUGCAGAACAAAGAGUUGCAAAGGGAGAUGGAAAGGUUGCAGGCCGAAGCUACACGAUUUAAGACCAUGCAGCUGAAAGCUGCCAAGGAAGCUGAGAAGUACAAGGAAGAAAGAGACUCUGUGUUCAAUGAGUACCGUCUAAUAAUGAGCGAACGAGACCAGGUUAUCAAGGAAGUGGACAAGAUGCAAACAGAACUGGAGCUGGCGCAAGGGAGAUUAAAAAAUACUUCUAGUGAGAACAGAGUGGCGAGUGAGGAGAUGGAAGCUCUUAGACAGGUAAUUAGUGGUGGGCAUUAAAAAGGGUAUCCGGAGAAAGUACGUAGUGAUCUCUGAAAGAAAUGGGACCUCGAUCUUGGUUUCUUUAUCCUUGAGUGGAUUGAUUCAUCUAUUCGUAAAAGAAUAGGCAACAAAUAUAGAAUGGUUUGAAUUAAGAAUAAAAUGAAACUGUAGGUCAGAGACCCGGUGUAAAUGUAUAAAAGAUGUGUUUUUAUUGCAUUCUCCUAACUUGUACAUUUAGCGAUGUAGCCGUUUUCAGAUGAUGUGAAGUAAUAGAUUGGUUGUCAAAGAUAGUGUAAAAAAAAAAAAAGUAAAUUUUAUUUAGGAAUUGGGAUUUUAGAAAUGUUAUACUAUUGCUACGCAAAGUGAUGGUUAUUCUUAAAUCCAGACCCAGAAUUAUCUAAUGACAAUAGGAGUAGAAUGAAAGCCAAGAUAUGCUUGAAUCAACAAGAGUAGAGUAUAUACGAUAUAGGAAAGAAGUCAAUAGGACCGCCCUAGGGUUUGGUUGUUAAAUCUAAGAUGGUAUAAGCAAUGGAAGUUAGUUUGUUCCCAGAUGCAUUGGAAAGGCAAUGUGAAAUGCAUGUUACAAUGAAAUGAAGAUAUUUCAUUGUGUGUGUUUUAUGUAUACUUUGUGACUGUAUAUAUUGUUAUGCAGUUCACAUUUGGUUGAAGAGAACUCACCAUGUGUGGAUGUUUAAUAUAUGUACACAUUUGUGGAUUAAAAGGGUGAGGCUGAAUGGAAAGAUGUUAACAGAUAAUAUCUGCCACCUUUCUGUUGUACCUCCAGGAGCUUAACUCUGCCCUAGUAGAGCGUGACAGAGCGAUCUUUGAGAGGAACGAGCUAUUAGAGAAGUAUUGCCAUGAAGUGAAGGACAAGGCAGAGGCCCAAAAGGAAUUGGACCAGGCGUGUAAAGACAUAGAGACUGUGAAGGAAGAGCGCGAUGUGGCAAGGAAAGAGAGGACAGAAGCCAUUAUACAGAGGGACCAUCUUCUGAGAGAGUACUACCAAGCCAGACAGGUAUUUUUUUAAAUAUAACUUAGAGGGAGUACACAUUUGGCAUUUUGUGAGUUAGUAGUUUUCAGAGGAUAAAAAUUCUAGUUAGAACUGUUUCUUAAGAAGAAGGGAAAAACACAACAGACAUUUUUAGGUAAAUACUUCUCAACACUGAUAUAUACUUUUUUUAACCCUAACCUCUUAGAUUCAAGAUUCUGCCACUCUUGACAUGGAGAGAGCCAACAAGGAGAUAGAGAUCUUAAGAAAGCAGUAUGAGGCAAUGAGUCAUGAACUCAAGGAGGCCACCCAGGAGGCUGAGGUUGCCAAAUGUCGGAGAGACUGGGCUUUCCAGGAGAGGGACAAGAUUGUAGCAGAAAGAGAAAGCAUUAGGUAAGUGGACAAACUUCCCAAUCCUGUGUUUCCUUGAUGUAGUCUCUGGCUUACUGAAAGAAAUGUCAUGAGACUUGGCAAUCACUCCAAAACAUGACCGCAUAUUGAUCGGUUUACUUUGGUUUGUACAAAGGGAGUGUGGCAGCACAUGUAGAGGAUGAAUCUUGGUUCAAAGUUGAUUUGUAACGGUCUUGAAUUCCUUGAGGAAGAAGUUUUUUUUUACCACUUUUCCACUAGGCCAAUCCUUUCACCGGGAACCUAGUAUACUUGUAUAACUAUUGACUUUGAGAAAUGACCAAUAGAUAUAGACUUAAUUACAUGAGAAAGACCACUUCUGUCACAGUUAGACAAGCUCCAUCCUUUGUUUGUUUAUAUUCACUGUCACAUGGUUUUGUAAUUUAUAUAAGCAGUGCAUGAGUUUCUGAACAAUGUUAAUUAAAUUUGUUGCUUUUAUAUACACAUUUCCAUAAGUAAUUUUUCAAAGACACUGAAAGUUUGUUCCUUGAAAAAAAGGGGAGGACUUGCAAAGGCAACAGGCUUCAGCAUGUUUUAGAUAUACCCUCAAAGAAAGAAAUACAGAAAUAAAUACAUGCUCUCAUUGGAGAUAUAUCUACUAAAUUAGUGAUUUUAUUUUUUUUUUUUUUUCAGCCAAUGGCAUGUUCCCAUCAUUAUUUGUUUUUUUGGGAAGAAUUAUACAUAUCACAUAAUACAUUUUAUAAUGCAUAUUUGCUAUUCCUACUAGCGUGUUAUACGCUCCAGCUUAAACCAUGGCCUUCUAUUAUAAUAUUUACGCCUCACUCUUUAAUACUCAAUAAAAUCGUCUUCAAGAUUCCACUGUCCUAGUCUUGAAUUUGGCAUCAUUGGCCUGACCUUAUAAGCAAGCAUUCCUAUUGACACAGAAUGUCUCAUUGAUCACUUCACUGAAUAGAUGGGGCCAGAAUGUAAUACUAUGCACACCUCCGUGAUAUGGGGAGUUUGUAUGUGACAGUAGGGUAGUCCUAUGUCACCCUGCUUUUUGUUCUAACUUUUAUUCUCGGCAGGACCCUAUGUGACAACUUACGACGAGAGCGGGAUCGAGCCGUGAGUGAACUGGCUGAGGCCUUGAGGAACCUGGACGAUAUGCGCAAGCAGAAAAAUGAUGCUACGCGAGAGCUGAAGGAACUAAAGUAAGUUCUACUUCAUUGAUGUGUUGUAAAUAGUUAUGAUGACUUCACAAACAUUUUAAACCAUCCUUUGAAACGAGUAGGUGUUACGCACAUCCUAGCUUGAUAAUAUGGAGCAUUGAGAAAAGCAGUUAGAAAAACUUUGCUGUGAACCCUUUGGAAUUUACCAGGAUUUCUGUGUUGAUUACAAAUGAAGUGGACUGGUGCUUGUGUAAGUCACGAUUAUAGAUGAUUACUCUGAGUUCAAUAAAAGUAUAAAAAGUACAUCUAUAUGUCUUUUAUUAGCUUAGUCAGGUUGCAUUUGUCUAUAAUUACGACUUGGAUGAUGAUCAUUACACAUUGCCUGAGUAAUAAAUGCAGAGAUCCAGUUAAUUCCAAAGUGUUCACAAAUUUUCUUUACUUUUAUUUUUCUUAUUUUCAAUAAAAGCUUGAGAUUUUUAACAUGACAGAAAUUGAGAUACACAUAUAUGUAAAACAUCAGGAGUUUGUUAGGCAAGAUGAUAUAAAUUUCCAAUGGCCAUUAAAACACGUGACCAACCAAUUCAGUAAUGUAUAACAUAGACCAUGUUGUGAGUUGUAGAGAUAGCUUUGUGUGAUUAUUGAAUCACUAAUGCGUAUUAAAAACUUUAUACUGAUGUGCUUUAUGCAUUUGUCUUCCUUUGCUACCACAUGUUAUUUUACAUUAAAAUCUAAUAAAAUUCAUGUUAAAAAAACAAAAAAUGAGAAUUAGACAACAUAAGAUGUGCUGAGAAGAAUGGAGGAAAAAAAACUCAGAAAAGCGUAAGCAAAAGAGAGACCUACUGAAGAACAAACGCAAACCAAUUUUGUCCCAAUGCCCUCUCCCAUCCCCCACACAAUCAACUGUGAACGGGUUCCUUCACCGCUAGGAUUCAACGAUGCCUGAAUAUUCUUUGGGUUAUUGUAGAAUUCCUCCCACAUUCCCCAAUGUUUAUCUUAUGAUUUCAUAGUAUCUGCUGCUGACUGUGCCAUGCGUUCACAUGAGUUAUUGAAGAUGUUGGCAGCAGUGGGGACUUUAAGGUCCCUCCAAAAAACGGAUUAAGGCUUGCUUGGUUGCUAGGAAAAUGUGACAGUUAAAGAGUUUCUUUAAUCCUGGUAGCUCAUUGGGAAAACUUGUAAAAGGGAUUCCUCAAGGCAUAGGGAUAUGUGAAUCUGUUACUUUAGAAGAAAGGGUAAAGGCUGUGUUUCACAGAGACUGGAGUUUUGGACAGCUCCACCAAAUAUAAGAGCCAACCAGACCACACUCACACCAACAUAGAGGUGAUUGGCUAGUGUGAAUGUGAGCCGAAUUUUGUAUAGUAGCUCCAAAUGGGAUGAAUUAUAUGUCAUGCCUCUGAGGCAUUAGGGUGAGCGGCCCCACACUUCAUCUGUAAACAUGACUUGUAAUUCCCUUUUCCCAGCGAAUUCUGUAAUGAGAAAUACCCCACUGUGGAGGGAGGGCAGGGUACAGGGGGCCAAGUAAAUGCUUGCCCAGGGUCCAAUCGAUAUUAAAGAUGGCCCUGUAUGUACAUAUCAAGUGACAAAUUUUAAAUUCUUCCACUGAUGAAAUUCAUUGUAAAAUAUUCCUCUCAUCCAUGUUUUUUUCCAGUGUAUAUAUCUUGCUGGGAACAUUACUAGCAGAUGUAUAUAUAACUUUAAGUUUGCUUGCUCCACAUACUGCACCCUGGAGUGGAUGCAUGUACAGACUUUCUUCUCCCCAAUAGAUGUAGACCAUGGAUAUCAAAAUAUUACUAUACUUUUGCCUGUGAAUACAUACAAUAAUAUUAGACUUGGCAGAUGCACUUUAAUUCUAUCCUGUGUUUUAGUCUUGGUGUGCAGCGUAAAUUGAAAUAUGCUUGGCAACAGAACUUGCAAAUGAACUGAUUUAAUGAGAGAAUCCAAUAAUGUGUAGGAUCUGCUCUUGCCUGUUUGAAAAGUUUUAUGUGCCUGUCUCUAUCUUCUGUUUAAUCGCCUGAUAGGGAGAAGAUGGACAACCAGAUUGAGAAAGAAGCACGGUUCCGGCAGCUCAUGGCCCACAGCUCACAUGACUCUGCCAUUGACACAGACUCUCUCGAGUGGGAGACAGAAGUUGUAGAGUUUGAGAGGGAAAGGGUGAGUGACAUCAUAUUUAAUACAACAUAAGGAACACUCCAGGCUUCCAAAUAAUCAUUGGAAAAAAUUCAUAAACACAAAAAGAUACCCCACUGGAAGGUCCAAGAAGUGCCAGCGAUUUCUCAAAGACAAUCUCAUGUUUCCAUGUUUGAAGUGUCUUUCAUUACCCAGAAACCACAGUGCAGUACAACUGCUCUACAAGUUGUUCUACUGAAAUCUGUAAAAGAGUCUGUACAGUAAACUUGGGACUUGUCCAGAAUGACUCUUUAUGUAUUUGUCUUGACAUCACACAGUAAUUUUCUCAAGGAGUAUUUCUGUAAUAAUAAAAAUACAUAUAUCUCGAUAUAUCUACAUAGAGUGUAAGCUUGUUUGAGCUGGGUCUUUUUCACCUGUUGUUGACUCUGGUGAUUUUUAUGUCAAAUACUUGUCAAAUAUCCCCUUUCUAUAACUGUAAAGAGCAGUGCAAUAUGUUGGCGCUAUAUAAGUGUGUAAUAUUAGUUUAUGUUUUGAGUUUUCUCCGAAUAUUGAAAUAAAAUCUGACGAAGAGGUGAGGUGGGAAUAGUUUGCAAUGUUUCACUUGUUACUCUGUCACAGGAGGAUAUGGAUCUUAAAGCUUUGGGCUUUGACGUGGCUGAUGGUGUAAACGAGGCCUUCUUUCCUGGGGACAGUGGUAUAUUUGUGACGAAGGUGGACAAAGGCAGCGUCGCUGAUGGUCGACUAAGGUAGAAACAUGGAUUUUGACACCAGAUAAAAACCAUUUGAGUUAUCCAGUCUGCCAGUUUUGAUAUGGUUUUUAGCUCAGAACAGUAUCUGCAGCUUUCUAUGACUCGACCUCUUGUGUUUUAAAGUUGUCCAUCCUGUAGAAAACAGGUUCAUUGAAGAGAUAGAUAUUUCAUGUCAUCUUAAUACAGUUCUGCCCUGAUGCAUGCAUAUUUACAUCCUUUCUCUCUUAAUGCCUAUUAUGCUCUAAUGUUAACUGCUGGGAGUUUUGGCUGUCCCACUUUGCAGAGUAAAUGACUGUCUGUUGAAGAUUAAUGACGUGGACCUCACUAACAAGGAUCGCAAGCAGUUAAUUAAAGCUGUGCUGAGUGGAGGAGACGUUAUCAAUAUGGUUAUUCGGAGAAGGAAAUCCUUGGGGAGUCGUGUUAUAACCCCUCUGCACAUCAAUCUGGGGAGCCAGAAAGGUCUGGAAUCUGGUAAACGCUACAGUAAUUAAUAAGACCAGAGUGUACCAGAGUAUUUCACUGUAAAAUAUAGAUUUGUAGACAGAUGGGUAUCUGAAACAAUUGGUGAAGAGUUGAAUUUUUAUUUUAAAUUUACAAUUUUUUUUUUUUUUACUUAAUCACAAAUUUAAUAUGGAGUAUAUUAUACUGCUCUAAAUCCCUGUAAAUUUAUUUAAUAUUCUUCAAAUAGCCAAAUUAUUGUGAGAUGCUGAAAAAUCACCAGAGAAAAAAAAAAAAGCACUUUAACUUCUUUAGAAUCUCUUUGAUGAAUUAGCAGCAAGUAUAUUAUUGAAGAGCAUUUCUCUGCAGGCAUGUCUUAUAAGAUUGUGUUCAAAGAAAGAUCAUAUUACACUGAUCCAAUCUAAAAAUUUUUUUUUAAUUUUCCUCUUUAUGGCAGGCUUCCCUUUAGCUUGAUACGUUUGCUAAAGCUAAAAAUAACUAAUGUGGCACCAAUAUGUGACAAUGAAAAUUGUAUGAUAAAGAGAAAAGUGUGCGUUCCAAGUCUACACCUAAACUUGUACUGCAAUCCCCUGGACUGCUAGAUUCAAAGAAACCUGUCCAACUGGCUUGGGUACUGAUGUCAAAAACAGAGGUGUAAUUAGUGCCUCAUUGGUUUUUUUUCUUGCUCUUUUGUAGAAUCCUAGAAGUAAGGGAAAAUUAAUUAACACCAUUAUCUGAUUUAUUUUUCUUUAUCUCUAAAAAGAAAUUCAAUUGAAUCUGUUUGUUCAGUUUGCAGACCGCAUAAUUAACUUUUUUUAAGGCUGGUUUUAAUUUUUCUGUGUUUAAUGUUAGAUCCAUAUAACAUUUAUAUGUUUUGUGUACAUAUUUUUAAUUAGAAUGUUAGUUUAAAUUUGCGUUCUAUUUGCGUAUUGCAUUACAUAUUCCGUUACGGUCAAUUUAUGGUUUAUCUUUUUUUCUCUAUUUCACAGACAGUGGGAUAUCUUUAGAGAGUGGAUUUAUGGUGGCUGCAGUGGUUCCUGGGAGCCCUGCUGCUAAGGAAGGAUCCCUUGUACCCGGUGACAGAGUAGUCGCUGUAAGUAAAUCAAAGCUAUAUAUACAUUUUCCAUUUUUUUUUCUUCCUCCUAGAUACUGGAUACAACUUUAUGUAGAGGAAGACAUUUUUUUUUUUUAAGUCCUCACAUUCAUCUUUUAAUGUAUAUAGUACCUAGAGAUUUCCUCAUCGGAUACUGAUGCACAGUAUAAUGAGAGAGCUAAUUUAUUUUUCUUUGGAAAAGCAAGUUCUGAUUAGCCAAUGCAGCAUUUGAGUCUUUUAAUUUAUAUAUAUAUAUUAUGCACGAAACCUUCAAAAAGAGUAAGAAAAAAGUGGGUUAAUAUUUCAUGUAUAUCUUUAUUUGGGGCAUCUACUAAAAUUAUAUAUAUAUAUAUAUAUAUAUAUAAUUUUUUAUUUUAUUUUUUUUUUAACCACAUUUACAUUUCUGGUUUCUGUGUCCAUUGAGAUACCUGUUGCUCUAAUUCUGAACGGGUUACUAGUCAUUGUGAUAAAGCAGGUUACUAGUCAUAGUGACAGUCACCAAUAAAGACAUUGUACUGAAUCCUUGCUUCCGUUUUCUCUUUAUAUUGUAAGUUUUGUAGAAGGGUUACCAUGUGUAGUGAUUUGAUUCUGUUUUCCUGUAGAUUAAUGGUAUAACUCUGGAUAACAAGUCUCUCACAGAGUGUGAAGCUCUGCUACGAAACUGCCGGGAAUCAUUGAAUCUCUCGUUGUUGAAGGUAAUUUUGGUCAUUAAUGAAGAAAUCAGUUUUUCAGAGGGUCUUAACAUUGUAGACAAUUCCAAAUUAUCUAAUUUCAUUUGAUGCUAGUGUAAGAGUAUGUAUUUUAACAAUCCCCAUUUACACCUAUUAUUUUUCCAUGAUGUAACCGGAUCAAAUAGAAAAAACUGGCUACUUUUGACAGUUGGAUGAGAAACUCGUGUAUUGAAGAAUGAUUGAUUAUAUUAAAAGUUUUUUUUUUUCAUUAUUGCAAUUUUAUAUAUGAAAUAAUUGUCUGUCUAUUACCGUAGUAUGAAUAGUCCAGUGUUGAGCUACCUUUGUUUCUGUUCUUAUAGGUGUUUCCACCCAAUACAUCAUGGAGCGGGCAAAACCUCUUUGAGAACCUUAAGGAGUCUUGUCGGGUACUCCCUGCCAAUAUCCAAGCUCAGAAUAAAAGGAACUUGAAGAACAAUAGUUCAACACAAACAGACAUCUUCCGUCCAGACAUUCUUGAUCAUAAGAAAGAGAUGGGAGAUGGAAGUGGAUCUGAAAGGGCUCUUCAACGUAGUUGCCAUAGCCAUUCUGAGCACAGUUUGGGCUCCCUGGGUGGUGAAGACUUCAUGGGCUAUGAAUUAUUGGAAGAACACGGAAGCCCAUUAGGGUACACUGACACUAUCGAGGAUGCACUGAUUGAGGCAUCCACUGGCAAACGAAGCAGUGGUACAUGGCCCAAAGUCAUGGUCAGUCCAGGACAUUCCACAAGUGAAUUCACGGUCUUCAAGAGACCUAGACAGAGGAAGUCUAUCUUUGAUCCAGAUACUUUCAAAAGACCUCAAACCCCUCCAAAAAUGCCCUUUCUUCCUCCUGGUCCUGUUCUAGCUCUUUCUUCUCCAAAUACAAAGCCAGAGAGGCCACCAACUCCACCCACUCCACCUAAACGAAGUGACUCUAUUAAGUUUAAACAUAGGCACCAGUCAAGUUCUGCUUCAGACUCCACAGUUACAGCUGGGUCACCACCUACUAGUCCCUCACCUGUUCCUUUACUCCCUGCCAAUCAGGAGGCCUCACACAAGUCUCACCACAAUAGGGGUGUUGGCAAAUGCUGCCGUGAGGAUGGGAAAGAUUGUGCCUUGUCUGGAUGUAGGGGACCUGGGGAAGUUGAAAGCUGUUUACAGAGGGCAGAAGAACCAGAAGUGAAGAGGCCCAGGCCUCUGUCUGCACCAGCACUAAGGCAUCGACUUGCACCUGUAGCUAUUCCUCAUGCAACAUUACAGGUGAGUGGUGUUAAGUUGCAGAUAUACACCUAGAUGUACUAUCUACAAAUGACAUAUGAGGUUAUUCACUAUAUCGGAUUUUGGUGAGAACUGAGAAGUAAUUUUUUGGCCUAAACUUUUACAUUUCCACCUAGCUACCUCCUACAUCAUCGCUGUCUACCACUCCCAAUUCUACAUCGUUUUGCCAGUAGGAGGAAAUGGUUCCAUGUUUACUUACAUCCAUUGUAUCUCGGCGAGAUGAUCCAUUUUGGUUUCCUUACUUUGUUUGAUUAUGUCGUUUUAAAGGGAAUAUUUUUUCUUUGCAAUUUUAAUGGUUAAGUUUGGUGUAUAGACUCAAAAUGUAAAGUCCUAAAUUGUUAGCCAGUCCUAAAAUGUAUUUGACAUAUAAACACACGUGUUCAGCAUUUUGUAUAAUUUGUGUGAACUGUGAGGAACUACUAGGGUAUAUUUGCUUGGUGGACCAGUGUGUAAAUACAGACUAUAUUUGCACCCCUAUCCUCCAGUCAGUGCCCUUUUCCCUGUUAUCACUUUGUCAGAGCUUGAUGGAUUCAAUCGUACAUAUCGGAACUGUAUACAGAGAUACCUGUGGAAUUAGCCGCACAGUCUAUUGGUGACUCGCCGUUUAUGUUUUUGCACCACCUUUUAGAACCAAACCCUUUCAUAAAUCUUUCCCACUGUGUUUGGUACUAACUCCUAUAUGAAACAACAUAAUACAAGAUAUGUUACUUGAGAUUAGAUGGCUUAGAUCAAAGCUUUUGAACUUAAAGAGACACUUUAGGCAUCAAAUCCACUACAUUUUGAUGUAGUUGUUCUGGGGCAAAGAGACUGUCCCUGCUGGCUGAGCAGUGUAAACACUGCCUUUUCUGAGAAAAAGGCAUUGUUCACAUAGCUGUAUAACCCCACUGCGAGUGGCUGUCACUAGAGGGACUUCCUGGUUGCAGUCCUUCAAAGACACUUUCAAUGGAAAUGCAUUAAACUGAUGAUGAUUAUGAUGAUGAUUGGCGCAGCAGUGUGGUUGCUGGCCAUAUGUACUAGCCCCCGAAUGCUUCCUUACACGGAAGCACUGGAUUGGCUGAGAUCCUCUGCAUUGAUGGGGAUAGCCAGAGGAGGUGUGUCAAAAUUAAUGCACAAUAGCAUAAGAACUUGCUUUUGGCAUGACUCGCACCAACUACUGCAUUUGUAAUGCAAGUGCCAUUGAUAUAGAAACCUGUUCCUUGUAUUUGUGCCCAGUUAUGUUCUCAUUGUGCCAGCUCACCUAUUGAAAUUCUGACCUCUAUGUCCUUAUAAUAAAAAUAUAUGGUAUACCAGCGAUCCUGGGGACUUCUUGACAUUUCUGGCUACUUCUGAUUCCAGGUGCAGGGUUUGGUCUGGUUAGCAGAAAUUGUGUCAACAAAUAACUAAACACACACUUUAAAAUAACCAUUUUGUACCAAUCCUGCGACCUUAAAAUGUACAGUGACUGUGAAAUACAUGCUUCUUUCCAUACAGCGCACAUAAUGUGAGAAUGUCCCUUUAGUAAUCGGAAUCCUGGAAAUAUCAUCUGGGCAUAUGUGCUUAGGACAUACUGGUUUGUGUAGCUGUGUUUUGUUAAAUAAUUCCACAAGAAAUGUAUUUGCAGUUCAGAACAUUAGAUAUUGAACACGACCUGUUAGGGAGACCAGAUUAUAUACUUUAUUUAUUUUAUUAUCAAGUACCCAUAUAUUCUCCAGCACAUUGGUUUUUAAAUGUUUUAUAGACAUGGAUCUCUAUCUAUACCAACUCCAAGCUAAGAUAUCUGAUGCCUAUUAACUAUUUAUGUUGUAACUUAUUUGUAAUUGAAUUUCAUCAUGUUGUUUAUAAAAUGUUUAAUGGCAAUGCAUAUUGAUAGUUUGCCUUUUCUCCUAAGCUCUUCAUUGAACAUAGUAGAAAACCUUUCGAUUGAUUAACGAUCUGUGCAGUGGUGUAUCCUGGUUUUGUGCUGCCCUAGGCCCCCUCACUCCCCCACGCCACCCCCACCCAACCCUUCCCCCCCGCCCCGCCUUCUAAAUACACACACACACACACAUUCACUGACAGAUAUGCAUACACUAGCUAACAGACACACACACUCAGUAACAGACACACUUACGCACACUCACAGAUGCACACUCACAGACGCACACUCACACUAACACAGACGCACACACACACUAACAGACAGACGCACACACUCACUCACAUUAACACUUUUUUUUUUUUAUUUAACCCCCCCCCAGGGAGAUAGAGAACCCCCUCCCCCCCUAGCAUCCCCAAAGGUAAGGAGGCUGGGUGAGGGGGGAUUUCUCUAUCUCCCUGGGGGUCCAGUGGCUGCUGGGCGGGCCGCGCUGGGGCGGCUGGCGAGGGAGCACUUCCUCUGAGCACUCUGCUCAGCUCCCUCGCGCGCUGCAGAUUGAGGCUGGGAGCCAGAAUAUGACGUCAUGUUCCGGUUCCCAGCCUCACUCUGCGGCGCGCGAGGGAGCGGAGUAGACAGCUCAGAGGAAGUGCUCCCUCGCCAGCCCUUCAGCCUGACCGGCUUUUUUUGCCGCCCCCUGAAAAAUGCCGCCCAAGGCAAAUGCCUUGUUUGCCUCGCGGCUAAAACGUCCCUGGAUCUGUGUAUCUUCUGUAAUCCGCGAAUAACUAUCAAUAGACGGUGUGUUCCAAUCAGGGUUGCCAGUCGGCAAUAAAAACAGAAUAUAUAACUGUUGUGCCAGUGUCGUCUUAAAACAAGGCAUUUCACUCUUAUCGUAGCUUCCUCGUAGCCUUUAAAUACUUGUGAGCUUUUCACUCGGUAAUGCUAGUUUUAUCAAGAUCUGGCUCACUACCCUGAUUUUCACUGCUAAUCCUGAGCCAUUUUACUUUGUGUUUUAUACAAGUUCUAUUGGUAACCUAUAGUGUCACUUUAAUACAAGUUAUCGGUGACUUGCAAUGUUUUAUUUAAUGGUGUGAUUUCCAGAGAAGUGUCAGCUCCUCUUUAAACAGUCUGCUAAAUACAUCUGUGACAUAAAUAGACAUCCGUGAAACCAUAAAUGACAUUGUGUGUAAUUUACAAGUCAGAUUGGUACGUUCAGGUCUAGAAGGCCUCUAGAACUUGAUCAGUGGCAAGAUGUAACUUAAAAUAAAAGUUGUAACUUACAGGAACAAUAGGUUUUAAUGGACCCUGCUCAAACAAGCUUACAGUCUACAGGUAAUCCCAUUUCUACUUGUCUGUAUGACUAGUAAGUUGUUUUAAGAAGAUCCUUACCUAUUUUCGGCCUCUUGCUCCUGCUUGAACACUUACAAUGCUGCAGGUGUGAACAACUACUCCUUACCACUAGUACAAAUACAGAUGGAGGUACACUCAAACCAUAUUGGAGCUUUAUGAUGAUUGACUAUAUAAGUACUGUGUGCAUGCACAAAUGGUCACCGGUCUUAUCAUUCCUAUUGUCCCCUCCAGCAGGCCCAAAAGUUUCCCCAGACUGCCGAGGACAGACUGUCUCCGGACCUUGCACAUGAGUGGGUUCGGUUUUCUCCAACGCGUUUCCCGAGACACAGUGACAUGUUCUCUGCUUCACACUGUGCCCCAGGAAUGUCAGGUGAGUUUGUGCUUUCAGAUCUAUAAAAUAAAUUACUUUUUUUUUUCCCAUACAACCUUUUGUAACCGUACUUUUGUUUCUUAUUGCAGGUAUAUUCUCAAGUUUACUUUACUAUGUAUGCAUUUUAUAAAAAGGGGGAAAAAAAAUCUUUAUUAAUACACUUUGUUUAACCUUCUUAUAAUCUUGCCUGGUAACACCUCUACUUUCAUGUUUCAGGUACUGUACCGCGGAGCCUAGCUCCAUGUCCUGCAGUGACAGCGGUUUUGAGGAAUCCAAUCUACACAGCCUGGAGUCACCGGGUCCCUUCAAACAACUGCCCCUCAUCCACUGGUCAACCCUGCAAACAGCACAUACAUCCCAGGUAUGACGUUGUAGGUUUAUCAAGAUCAUCUCCCUACUAACUAGUUAAACAAGACACAUGUGACAUGCAAGUUGCGUGAUAAAAGUGCUAAAUAGUGAUAAAUGGUUAACCGGAUGGACUUGUUCACAGGAUUGGAAAACAAUUAAUUAUGUUAAUCUCGUGUCUUCUUUUGUGCUAAUACACAUGUAUAGCCUAUACACAAAAAGAGAACACUGCAUUGUGAUAUGCAUCUAAAACAAUUAGUACGGAAUACGAGUGACCUCAAAACAUAAGUUAAAAUCAAAUCCCUCCAAUGUGUUGGUUUUGCUGCAGUGCAGUACCCAUUUAUUGUUUAAAAUAACAAUUUAAAGUUAUCUGUUCAUGGCUCCUCGACAGAUUCAGAAAGUAAUUUCUCAGAAACAUAGCAGUCAUUGCCAUCUCAAUACCAUAUUGCAAGCCAAGUGAACAGGAGAACAAAAUGAUGUAUAUUCGUGAAAUUCUGUUGUUAAACCGUGUACACAAGUGGUUGGGAUACAGUAACUUAUCCAGCCAAAGUAUACAAGUGGUAUUAUAUAGUAGUGCACUCCUCCCACCUGUAUAAAUGGGUAGUGUGAGGGUAAAAUUAGUCUCCUACAUAAAAUGUAUAUACAGUCAUGGGAAAAAGAAAGUACAUCCGCUUUGAAUUCUAUGGUUUUAUAUGAAUAGACCGAAUAACCAUCAUUUGUCCCUUAGCAGGUCUUAGAAUUGGGUAAAUACAACCUCAGUUGAACAACAACACAUGACAUAGUACACAGUGUCAUGAUUUGUUUAACAAAAUAAAGCCAAAAUGGAGAAGCCAUGCGUGAAAAUCUAAGUACACCCUUACUGCGUCCAUAGGAAUUAAGUGGGCAGACAUGUGCUGCUAAUCAAAUGCCCUUGAGUAAUUGAUCUUUAUAUAUUAUGUACUCUUUAUAUUAAUACCUUCAGAUUUCCUAAACUGAAUAGGCUGACGUGCAUACUGUUGGUUGGGAAAGAUUUGAGAUUUAAUAUCCAAAACUAUCUGCUGGCUUUAACUUUGGCUUAGAUGGCUCCAGGCUCAAAUCACUUGGUUGAACAAUAUCUAGUUUAAAGUUAUGAGCGAGGUUUGUUGGAUUUCUGUGUAUAGUAUAAACAUCACAAGACUCCUAGAAACUGAAAUUUAGUACACUGUUUAAAAAAUAAAUAAUAAAUUUUUUUAAAAAAAAUCAUGAAUAAAUGAGAUUUAUUACCCAGCGGGGCAAUACUUAAUAACGCCUAGAAAGGGUAUCACUGAUGGAAUAUUGAGACAUGUUGGUUACAUGUAGUGACACAUGCUAAUUACUGUAUAUACUGUGUUUCCUUUUUUAAUUAUAAUUUGCUUUUGAUGCAACUGUCUGCUAAAAAUACACACUAAUCCUUUUCACAGUAGCAUAGAGAAACUUUACUAGAGUUUUUUUACCUUUUUUUUUUUUUUUUUUCUUUUAUUACUUUUUGGUUGAUUUCUAUUUUGGGUAAACCUCUUACUUGGUCAGUGCUAGUGACUUUAUCCAAUGCAUAGAGCAUUGUGACCUAGUAUUAGUGAUCACAUACAUAAAGUAUAUCAUUAUCAUUGAAUGUUUCAAAAGUCUGUUUUAUCAUGGUGGGUUUUUUUUGUUUUUUUUUGUUUUGUUUUUUUUGUAAAUUGAACUGCCACACAGGUCUUUAUGUUCUGCUUAGGAUUUGGUAGUUUUAGUUUAUGUACUAGCAAACCAUAAAAUGUAUUUUUAUCAGAACUUAUUUCAUGCUCAACAUGAAGUUUCUGUAAAAAGUAUUAUGAAUAUAGUACACUGCAUCUGGCAUAAUGCAAAGUGUGCAUGUUUUCUUCAUAACUCUGUAUUUGCAGUGCACAUCAUGGCCGGCUUAGCCUGGAUCUGAGUCACAAACACCCAAUUGAUUACUGCGAUAACUCACGACCUAGGGUCCCUCAUGGCUCCAACUCUCUCCCCUCUAGUGCUCGUCUGGGUAAGGCAUACUUACUAGCUUUCUUGUUGUUGUGUGGAUUAGAUGCUGUUGUAACACAUAGAAAUGGGAAUACAUAUGUUUGUGCAUAGUGUAUGUGAACCUAAAGUGUAUGUUGGCUGCAUGCGUUAAUAUUAGUCAUUUUUACAUCUGUACGUUGUGAAGAUAUACAGGUAGUCUGAUAUAUGAAAAAAAGGUAUAAAAAGCUUUUCUAAUUCCCAGGUUCCAAAAUUGAGCGCAUUAAAAUACCAUCAACCCCACGAUACCCAAGGUGUACAGUGAGCUCAGACAGAGGUAAGACAACUUAUUUCAGGUCUAUGUAGAACAAAUAUAAGCUGGUUAUAUAUAAGGCACAUAUCUACUUUAAAAAAAAAAAAAAAAAGCUAUUGUACAAGAAUAUCAUGGAAAAUAGCUAACCAUAAAUAGGUGUCUACCCACAAUACAAUUAGUAAACGAACUAGAGGUAGCGCUAUAUAAAGUUAUUCAAAUUUAUUGCAACAAUAAAAAGUCAACAUAUAUAAAGACCAGCACAUUAACAAAAAGCAAAACAAUAAACACCCACUGUACUUUUUAAAUAAUAACAUUUCCUAGAAAUUAGCAGUAUAAGCAGUGCAAGAUAAGGCGCCAAACCGUAGAGCAGACUAAAGAGAGAAAUAAUGCUGCCAGAUAAUGUACAGAGUGGAGUGGUCCAGCUCAAGCAAACAUUCUAAUCCUGAGAUAAAACCAAAGGAAAUGUCCAUGCCUCCUCGUAGUCAGUCUUUCACAAGUGUCUCCAUUUACAGGCAGUAGAAUGGUCAAAAGAUCCCCAGUGGUAUAAAAGGCCCAUAGCAGCUAGGGGCAAAGCACCGAAAUUACUCACCGCUUGUAGUCCUUGUAGUGCACAUGUAUUCCAUAUAGGGAAUAUAAAAAAUAUUUUAGCCACAAAAUAAAAGAAAUGCAGGUAAACAAUCUAGGAAACUGGGCAGGAAAUAACUUGCCAACAGCAUUCCAAUUGUAUCUAUGCGUUUCGUUUUGACCAGACCUUUUCAAGACUGACAUGCGUAGUGCUUCCUAGGAAGAGCCAGCUUUAAUUAUCUACCAGUGGAAACAUACAAAGUCCACAUGGAAUACAAAUGUAAUUUACAUAACAUAUGUUUAAAACCAAUAUAAUUUAAAAUGACUCCGUAAUAAAUUUGAAAAUGGAUAGUGUCCGGAUAGGAACCCCAAUAUGCAGAAACAAGUCACACAAGUAAAGGAAAAACCACAGAUAACAUUGUGUAUUAACGAACCUUAGAGUGGCCGGUCCGAACAGGCAGAGAACAAGCGAUAAAAAUAUUAAAUAGGCCACGGUCAAGGGCAAUAGAUAUACACAAAAUCAAUAAACUAGCCAAGGUCAGGGAUACAGAGUAGUUGACGGUAACAAAUACAUUUAAAAAAACAGUAGACAUUGGCGGAUAUUUCCAUGCUAGUUGUGCAUGUCACCCUCAAUGGGUGGAUAAUGUUCCAUAUGGCCAAUUUCUCUGUCUAAGACAUUUUUUUUUUUUAAAACAUUUUUUUUUUAACUGAUUUUGAUAAAGAUGGACUUGCAUCUAGGAAUUUCAAGACUACAAAUUAAAGGUCUUCAGCGAAUGGAGAAAAUUUGGAAUUCAGUUAGGCAAUAUAUUUGUUACAAACUUCAAUAUGGCUUACAAUGAACUUUAUAUUUUGGAUAAAUAUUCCCAGAUAUUAAAGAUUUUGAUUUGGCUAUGUUUUAACCUCUCAGCUAAUCUUCAUGUAAGUUAACAUUAAACAAAAACAAAAAAACUAUUAGCUCAUACAAAAUGGAAGAUUUUGGAUAGUGGGUUGCAGGCAACUACCAAUGUCCUUGCAAAUUAUCGAUGUCGUGCUAAUAGAUGUGUCAUCUGUGAGCAUUCGUUGGUGCUUCUUCUGUCACAUUGUUUGGCUCUUGUGUUAAUACAUUUUAAUAACCUUUUUAUAGAUCUAACUUUAUUUAGUUUACUAUUGUUGUUUCAGGUUUGUCAUAUUUAGAGGUUGUGGAAGAUAUUCAGUGCCUGUUUUAUUUUUGAUGUUCAUAUGCAACUCUUUUUUAACUCCAACAUUUCUAGUCUGUUUUAUUGGCAAGUAUGUAAAAUUAAGUAAACUGUAUAUAGAAAAGUGGGUGGGGAGGAACUACAUGCCAUGGGCAGCUUGUAUAUGUUUUUACAAUGUAUCUGCAGGGUCCUUGUCACACUCUGAGUGCAGUAGUCCCAGUUUGGCCAGCCCACCUCACUCACCCCUCAACUUGGAGACUUCGUCAUUUGCCAGUAGCCAGUCACAGAAUUCUGUUGCAAGUUUACCCAAGAUCUCCAUCAGUACUGUCCCCAUGGGGGAACGGAGAAAGGACAGGUGAGCAGAAUUUGAUCUUUCCACCCAUUUUAUGCCUAUCACAAGAACAAGUCUGGUUAAUGGACAUGUCACUUCUUGGUUUCUUUAAAUGUUCCUCUGAAAAUGAUACCCAGUAUCUUUGCCACCACACUUUUCUCAGUCCUGCUUCUCUCCUUUAUGUCAUGUCCUUUUGUACUCCUUUAUCACCCCAUCAAUUAAAUGCAAUACACAUGUUCCUUUAUUUUCAGUCAGCCCUCUCUCCCUUUAUUCUUACCCCUUGUCUUAUUCUAGAGCAGGGCUGUCCAACCUGCGGCCCCCCAGAUGUUGCUGAACUACAACUCCCAUGAUUCAUUCAAUGAAACAGAUAGCCAGGGAAUCAUGGGAGUUGUAGUUCAGCAACAUCUGGGGGGCUGCAGGUUGGACAGCCCUGUUCUAGAGCUUCCAUCUGACAAAGUUAUUCACUUAAAGGGACAAUCCAGACUCCAGAAUUGUCGCAAAUUCAAAUACAUUUCAAGUUAAAGUGUAAUAUGGCAAAAAAAAAAAAACUGGAAAAUUCACCAAGUUUCUAGUUUGACUAUUUUGGUCUAAAAUUCAGGGUGGAAGUUUUUGCUGGCGGCACCAUCUUUCUUUGUGUAAAUGGAGCAGGGUGAUGGAUGCAGCCUGGCUAGAGGUUGACACAUACUGCAUAGACAAUAUUGUCUCAGGAACACAGCAGUAGGUCAUCUGACCAGUUCUAGCCAAGGGCAUGUGAUGACCAUAGUAGUAAUCUGCAACCAGGCUGCAUGUGUUAGUUUUGGCCUAGAUAUCAGCCAUGGGAAUAAAAAAAAUAAUAGUAUCAGAAAUAUUUGUGACUUUUGUUUUUCUGAUUACGAUUUGUAAUUGUUUUGUGUGUUUCUUUAAUAUAUGCUUAUAUUAAUGUAUUUCUUAAUUUUCCUUCUUUUCUUCUCACUGGUGUCCAUUUCCUUUUUUUUCUCUUCCUCACCACGGUCACUUUUCCCACACAUUACCGUGUCCAAUUUAAUUUUGUUUUGUGUCACCUGUUCCAUGUUAACCUCCCCACUUCUUCUCCCAGCCAUUACUAUCUUUUCUCUCACCCCACACCUUCCAGAUACGUUUUCCGCACUAGGUCUUUACUGCGGCUCCAAGCCCAUCCUAGGCCCAGGUUUUCCUCAGUAAGAUGCUUGAGGUUGGCCUCCAUUUAUUAUAAUUCUCACUCCUUUUAUCCUGAUUCAUAAUUCCUCUUAACUGAGCCUGUGCUGUCCACCUCGCUUCUGUCCACUCCCGUCAUGGCUGCAUGUUUAAAAUGUACUCUGACUGCUUCCAUAAAAUGAAAUAUGGCUUCAUGUUGCGGAGGAAAGUCCGCUUGAAGGCCUCAAGUGAAUUGCAUUGCUGGCCUCUCCUGCUGUAUAUUAUUAAAUGCUGCUCCCUACUGUUAUGUCGCAUGUGUGUGCAUGCAAUGGCUCCAAGUAUUUUCUGGGUAAAUUUUUAAUAAUGUUAGAAUGUAUACAAUCCUCUGAAGAUUUUUAUUUUGUAUUCAAUUUUUAUGAAUUACAGUGAGGACGUGCAAUUCCUAUUGCUGUUGUAUCACCGUUUCUUUGCUUUAACGAAGUGAUAAAACACAUUGAUUAAACAAAUGGUGGAUUCAGGGUAGAAUAUUGUUAUACCCCUGCCUUUUUAACAUAUAUGCACAUAUUUAUAAUAUAGUUAUAAAGUGCUUGUCUUUCUGAAUGUAUUUACAGGGGCGAUGAAAUUGACAAAUCUCUCCUCUAUAGCAAAAUAUUCUGACAUUACUUAUGCUGUUCAGAUGUUUGUUAAUAAUUAUUUAAAAUAUUAUCCUUCAUUACCUUUUAAUAUUAUUUCUGUAUACAAUAGAUUACAGGAUAUUAUCCUGUAUCCUUCUAGUUGAAACCCCUGUGCAUGUUUGCUCUUCAAAUGACCAGUGAGGUCACCCAGGUCACUCCAUCUCAUUGAAGUUGGCUGAAUGCAGUGGCAUGUUCUUUUAACCCUGCAAUGUAAAUAUUUGCCUUUUUUUCAGAAAUGGCAGUGUUUUCAUUGAAGGGUUAAGUUACCCUCUAGUGGCUUUCUUCCUGACAGCCACUAGAGGUACUUCCAUUGUACUGACCGUUCCUCUUUGAGGAGCAUUGCAAUGGCAGCAACCAGGAAGCAUCCACACUGGGGGAAAAAAGCAAGUAAACGCCUUACUUUUCUUAAUUUUUACUACACGUAGGGGAUGUACUUGCACAUUAGUGGGAUUUGGGCAGUAAAUUUGUGGUGGCAUAUUAAUACACUGGCUGGAUACACAUAUUUUUAAACUUUGUUUUUUAUGUUCCAAUGUUAGGGGGUGCAACGUGUUUUCAAAUGUUAGUUUGUUUCCACAAAGUUGAUAGUAUUAUUUAAAAUGUAUUUAUAUAUUUAGUUUUUCUUUUCUGUGCCCUGUUUUCAAAUGAUCAUUGUAUAAAUGUACAGCUUACCAUUUAAAAUCAUGAUGUUGUCUUCCCGUGGCAGUAUGAUAAUUUUAACUGGCUCGCCCUAUAGUGUAACUUGAGGAUGGCUGAUGGCUAAAAAUAGCAAACAUUCUAGUUAAACUGGUGCAGUGUAAGUAGGAGUAUGUCUUGAAGAUUUACAGUAAUGCUGUUGUUUUUUUUUAUUUUUUUAUUACUAUAAUUAGUUUGAUCUGUAAACCCUUGACCUGGUCCCAACCUCCAGUAUUACCCCAUUUUCUCCAAUAAUAUUGCUAUGUAUGCUGUCAUCCCUACAAUACAAAAGGUGAAGGGUGACAAUAAAGGGAUAAGUACAGUAGUAUUGUAGAAAAUCUAAACUAGCAUCAUGAAUGGCUGAGUCACAUCCUGCCUUGGGGAUGGCUCAUGACAGAAUCUACAGAGUUUAGGCAGAAACUAAGGAACUUAAAAUGUACUUUGUAUAAUUUUUUUUUCCAUUUUGCAUCUAUUCUGUAAUGCGUUAACUACCGUAUAUAAUGUUAAUCUUAAAAGCCAGUUAACAUUUUGACUAAGCCUAACAUUACCUUCAGAACAAAAUGGCCAAGAGGUAAAUUAGACCUACAUUUAUGUAAAAUACUAAAUAAAAAAAAUGGAACUUUAACAUGCACAAUAAGGACAGAUCCACAUUAAUGAAUUCAAUUGCAGACAAGGCCAAUUAAAUUAUAAGCGGCACAUUAACUAAAUCUACUGCAUUUCACAGACCACUAGUGGAGGAGCCGCGGCACGUGAAGGUGCAGAAAGGAGCAGAGCCCCUCGGAAUUUCCAUUGGUGGAGGGGAGAGUGGGGGCAUCUUUGUCUCUAAAGUGACACCUGGAAGCAUCGCUCAACAAGCUGGGCUGGAGUAUGGAGAUCAGCUGCUAGAGGUAUUUAUUAGAAACAUAAAAACAUUGAAACAUAGAAUGUGAUAAGGCAGAUAAGAACCAUUCGGCCUAUCUAGUCUGCCCAAUGUUCUAAAUACUUUCAUUAGUCCCCGGCCUUAUCUUAUAGCUAGGAUAGCCUUAUGCUUAUUACAUGCAUGCUUAAACUUCUUCACUGAAUUUAUUGCACUAUCUUUGGAAACACAUAAUUGAAGUAGUUCUACAUAAGUGAAACAAAAAUAAUAGCUGCACCCAUAAAGGAGUAAAGAGAGUGUUGUUAAAAAGAUAACAAAACAUUCUUACAAAGACGCUGCAAGCACCAGAACAGGUUAUGCUUAUUGCGUAGGUUAUAUCACAAGUUUUUCUCUGGUCCUUGUCUUGCACAUUAUUGCAACUUGAAGACUGCUUCUUCUGAUGUGGAUGGCAAAGAAGAUUUACUUUCGGCUUGCUGUCUAAUCUCUGUCCAUGUUGUGCAUACACACACAAUUUCAGCUGUACUUUUAGCUGCUAUAUGACUGCAUAUCCAAUGGCUGGGUGUAGAAUGACAUAAGCACCUCCUGAACAUGAAUUUAUGACCAGGGGACUACAACAUAUGGCAUGUGUGCAAUGUAUGAAACACAGGCUGUCUGGGGAGAGCAGAGCUUGCAAUAUUUCCCUGCAAAUUUAUUCUAGUGUUGACCAAGCUAUCCGUGUUGAGAGGAAGUAAUUUUAAAGCGCUUCCUCCUAGCAGUUUUAAAGAGGAAUCCAUAUGGCAACAAAGUCGCUUACAGCAGCAACCCUGUGAUUGGCCUGCCUGGUCCCCACUGGACCAAAGGGAAGCCACCCAUAAUGUUGCUAAUUGUUAAGAAAAAAGAAGGGUGGCUAAGAUAUUAUUGUGAAUGUGUGUCGAGCAGUGUGUUUGUGUGCUUGUAGCAAUGUGAUUUUGUGUGCAUUUCUAUGAAGCAUUAUGUAAAUAUGUGUAUGCUUAGCUGUGCAUUAAGGGUGCAUGUCUGACAGUGUAUCUGUGUGUAUUCAAUGACCGUGGCUGGAAAGAUUACCUGUGUGUGUUUAAAGAUCUUUGUCUGGGAGGGUGGACUUUGUUUUUUGUGCUGAACUCAAAUUUGGGCCGAUAGGGUGAUGAUUUCUGAGCUGCCACUUGCAGAAUCUCUGGGGGAACAGACUAGUGCAAGUACAAACAGGUUCUAUAUGGUUUGUGGUUCAGAGUGCCAUUCCUGGCACCAGGAAAAACACAAUACCUGUCAAUGUUGGUGAAAAAAACCCAGCUAACCAAACAAUAUUUCUAAUAACCAAGCUGCAUAUAAAUAAAGCAAUUAAUAAAUAAAAUAGACAGUGGUACAAAAAUCAGAAAAAAACUCAUGCAAAAUAUUUUAAAGUUAAUCAAGAAAUGUACUUAAAUUGGCAAGAUCUAUUUUCAGUCCAUAUAAAGCAAAGGCCCUUAAUUUAUUCCAGUAAAAGGUCACAUGAAAAGUGGUUUCAUUAUAUUGUACAGACAUCCUUUUUAGCAUCACAUUACUUCGCUAUAUAAGCAUGGAUAUGUAGACUUUUCAGGAAGCCAUUGACCAAGUCUUAGGAACAAGACGAAAAGUGCCUGGUUGCCAUAGUGUGAAAAGUGUUGCUCCGAGACCGUGACAGCAGUAUUUGGCGAAAUUUUACCUGUUUAAGUAUACGCAUAAUUUUAGCUCUUAAUAAAAUUGUAUUGAAGAUUUUACACGUGGCAAGUAUCUCUUAUUGAUAUGUACAAUGCUAUUAAUCUUUAGUUUCAAAGUGGAGAUACUGGGAUCUGGCUGGGAAAUCUGGUGUGUGGAAGUUAAAAUAUCGCAAGAGAGGCGUUUGGCAGUGUUGUUACAUACUUCUAAGUAGGCGCAACAACGAUCUUCUUUUGCAAUUGAUAAAAAGGUUUAUGCACAUGUGUGUUUUCAUUUUGAUGCCUAUUGCAGACUAACAUUAGUUUGCAAGGCAAAUUUCAGGUUUGGAUCUCGAUACUUCAACUUAUUUAGGGACCACUUGUCAUGUGACCUUCUACCGACAUAAAUUAUGGGCCACUAGCUUAUAUGGACUGAAAACUGAUCCUACCAAAUUAAGUAAAUUUCUAGAUUAAUUUAUUGCAUAUUUUGUAUGUUUUUAUGAUUUGUUUUUGUACCGUUGUCUAUUUAUUUUAUUUAUACUGUGAAACUGUGAUGUAUUCUGCUCAGUUUGAUUAUUAUAGAUAUGGUUAGGUUAAGCCUUCUCCUGUAUUUGGCUAGAAGCUACUGACAGAAGCACUUGAUACAGCUUUGAGUGGGAGAUAAGAGAUUGGCAGGCAUUUUGGCAUUGAUCCAAGUGUGAGACUCAAAGGAUUUUUCACUAAAGUCCACAUGUGGCAUAUUUACUAAAUUUGAGGCCAGUAAAAUUAUAGGGGGUGGGCAUAGCUUCACCCAUGCUCCCACAUGUGGUCAUGGGGGUUGUGUCAAUUCUAGCCCCCAUUCACUGACAGCAGGUGGGGACUCUAAAUAAUUAUAUAAGUGUGGUGGAAAUGCCAUUGCCCACCCCUAAUUAGUGGCAUGGUACACCCCCUUCCCGGGUGGCUAGGGGAUUCCAAGCCAAUGCCCCUUAGGUAAAAUGAACAUGACCUACCCUACCUCACCCUAAUAGGGAGGGAGGUUAUUAAAUGAAUAUCUGUUUAACAAAAAAUAAAUAUAUAUAUAUUUAUAUAUAUAUAUAUAUAAAUAAAAUUUUUGGCCCAGUGCUGCUAAAAGUUUGCCUGGCACUGGUUUAUGGGGUGAGAGAAAAGAAACCAAACUGGUCCACAAUUAGAUUCUUAAGAUUGAUUGGGACUCUUCUUGGGCUGAAAGGAAUCUCUCUGCCUGUUGCUCCAGCUUGCAGUAUAUUGGCAUACACUUUGAAGGAAGUCAUAUUUUAUUUAUUAAUUUGUUCAUUAUUUUUCUUCUUAUGUUAAUGCAUUUUCUAUUCAAAAUAUCCUCAAGUGACAUCUACAAGAGUUACAACCCCCAUGACCACUUCUUUUGCUUUUAGGAGUCUCUCAGGGUUAUUCACGAAGUGAGAAUUCAAAGUGAAAUUCAGAUUUAAGGUUAGAAAAGGUUUCCAGUGUGUCUAUUUUUCACUUUGAAUUCUCACUUUAGUGAAUAACUCUGUCUAUGGGCAAAGUUUUCACUUGUGUGCUUGGUUACCAAGUCAGUCAUUACUGAUUAAAAUAACUGUACACUUAUUAAAAGGUUACUCCAAACCUACUUGACUAAAACAUGGCUUAUAGUUUCUUUUCAUGCUUAAAGGAACAUUGUAGGGUCUGAAACACAAAUGUGUAUUCCUAGGCCCUGAGUGUUAAAAAGAAUGCUAGCCUUUCUUGCCCCCUUCCCCCCUCCCCCCCACAGCCCUUUAAAUAACUAAAAAAGGUCCUUAUUUCCAGCGCAUCUAUGAGGAGUGAUUAGGAGCAGAGCUAAACUCCGUCCUGACCAAGCCGCAUCUCCACAUAGAGAUAUGCAUCUCUAAGGGAAAAGUUCGGAGAUGCUGGGCAUCAGUGCUGCACUAACCUUCACUGCACACUGUGCAGCACUGACCUAGGAAACACCUCUAGUAGCCAUCUGAAGAGUGGACGCUAGAGGUGUUAUGGCUGUAAUGUAAACACUGCCUUUUCUCUGAAAGUACAGGGUUUACUGCAAAUAGCCUGCAGGAAUGGACUAUACUUAUUAGAACAACUACAAUAAGCUGUAGUUGUUCUGGUAACUAUAGUGUCCCUUUAAUACUUUCCUUCAACUGUUUAGUCGUGUUAUUUGAAUCACUGAAUUACAGUGGCUACUAGAGGAAAGGUCUGGUUAAAUACCUCAUUCCCUUCCCCCAAUCUCAUCCUCAGAUGGUUACAAUUGGUUCCAUCAUUUUCAGAAAUAUGUUCAGAUACAUUGAGUAGAUCUGCGCUAUGAGCUAGUGAUUCUGUUUUCAGACAGGAUGGCUAAAUAGACCUCAACUGUUUGAGAAUGUAACACGUUGAUUUCUCUGGGGUUCGUUUAUUCUACACUUUGUGUCCCACUCUCGCAAUUCUCACUAUUUUAUUACUUUCCCCUCACUAGAAACUCUCCCUCUCUCUGAAACUCAAGAAACUUUGUAAAUAAUGCCACUCUUUUGCCACGCUUUUGCUGUUUGCUGAAUGUAUUAUUUGUGUGGUAGUGAAUGGUGUUUUCCAUUCCUAUAAUUCAAAGGAUGUGUCUUGGAGAUUGCUUAUCAUUAUAUCCAUGUCAAUUCAUUUUCCCUUAUCUGCAGUUCAAUGGCAUAAACCUGAGGAAUGCCACGGAGCAACAGGCACGCCUGAUAAUUGGACAGCAGUGCGAUACAAUCACCAUCCUGGCACAAUACAACCCACAUAUGUGUCAGCAAAUCCAUUCUCGUUCCAGGUAGGGGCACCUGUUCCAACAAAUUCUACCCACGCUUUCCUGAUAUUUUUCUAUCGUAUGUGCAGAUUGUGAUACCAUAAAUGGAUGUAUCUAUAUACUGUUGUUUUUUUGUUUUUCUCCUUAUUUCAUUCUUUUGCAAUCACUUUUUUCCUCUCAUUGGAUGUUGAGAUUCCAGAGGUCAUGACUUAUGACAUAAAGUCACUCCCUACUGGAGGAGGCAAAAGCAUCCAUAAUGCACUGCUUCAACCUGCUUCUACCACUCUAGCCUCCCUUCUAGAAUCCUUAGUUUUGUUUCUCAGGAGGAAAGUGGACCGGCUGAAGAUCUGACUGAAGUUAAAUUUUAGAAUUUAUUUUACAAGCCUGAAGGUGGAGAGAUAUUCCCUUAAUGAGGGAUACCUUGUUCCACUGCUAAAUACUAUAUGGCUCAGACGUUGACAGAGGUGUACAUGGGGCUGGAAUUGUUGACCAGAAGCCUUCUGAGCAACCUGCAGAGUCCACUGCUUUCCUGGUUUGUCCAGGAUGAUGCCUCUUGAAGGGUGAAGACCACUGAGGACACCAGGGCUUGAGCUCCAGGCAGGGUGUAUCCUCUCUCAUAAAUGAGCAUGGAGGGCACCUUAGCAUUGACACUGAUGCUCUCCUACUCGUGGGUUUCACAUACCAUCAGUUGGAAAGAGGUUUCUCCUUAUUUCAACCUAAUCUAGAGCCAAUGUGCAGAAGACUAUUGACCAGUGUGCACUAGUGUGGUCAACAGGAGGGGGGAUAAAAAGUGGGUAGGGCUUCUGAGCAUUAGUAAAUUCCCCUGGACUCUUCAUGCUUAUUUUUUUUUAAAAUAAAUUCUUUAUUUAUAUUCAUGUUUCUCUUUUCCAUGUUGGGGUGGGGGUAGGGGUACAUAAAAGAAGUGGGGUUAGGUGGGGGGUUCAAAACAUUUACAGUGCAAGUCAAAAUUGUUUCCAAUGUUUUUCUUAUGGUAACAAAAAAUCUUUGAGUUGCGUGUGCAGGAACUUUACGUGCAAUUCCAUUAAACAAUGAUGUGUGCAGGAAGUAGAAGUAGUUAAGUUGUAGACUCUUCAUGCUUAUUUUAAAGCUGUGAUUGCUAACCAAGUUAGCACUGUGUCCCCUGUGCUGAAGUGAUUGUGUCGGAGUACUGCUGAACAAUAUAGUGAUGUUCCUAGCUCCUUGUAUUUUUUCCUUUUUCACAGAGCAUGGUUUCUCAUUCUGCUUAGCCUUGAGCAGCUUGAUCAGUUGUCAUUCAGACUCCACUUCUGGCUGAGUUCUCAUGCACUCUUCAGGAUUUUAUAAAGGGGGAUGUGUCUGACAUGGUUAUUCACUAAGAAUUGCAGGGGAUUCAAAGUAAAUUUGAAAUUGAAAGCCAAAGUGGCUGAUCUGGAAGCAUAGCUGACUGGGAGAAUUUUGCAGUUCAGCUAUUUUGACCUUAAAUUUAAAAUUCACUUUGAAUUCACUCUGAACACUCUGAUACAUCUUUAAGGUCGAGGCGUUUUCUUGUUUUAGAUGUGCUGUGCAGUCUUAAAGUGUUGAUGUGCUCGUUCAGUUAUUUAAACCUGUGGAAGCACCCCAAUAUUUCACUACACUUGUUCUUGGCUUCAGGCUCUUCCAAUAAUUUCAUGGUGGAUGGCUUGAUUGAGUUUUUGUGCUUCAUGGUGUCUUUGGACAUGGUUCCACUUGCACCCUCUCCGAGAAUUCUUUGUCUGCUAGUGGGAUAUUUCCAAAGGUCUCUCAUAACUCCUACAGUUUGAUCUUGGCAUGUUUUCCAGAUUUGAUCAUUUUGAUCCUUUCAAAUAGUGAGAGCUCAAGAGGCUUUGCCCAUCAGUGGUUACCUUGGCUUUUGCUUCAACUGUCCUGCUCACUUUGAGGUUUCUUCCUGCUUUUCCUGUAGGACGGAGUAUUCUCAAUGAUUGGUAAGAGAAGGAGGUACAUUCUAAAGCAUUGCAUUAUGGGUGUUUCUACCUCCUCCAGUUCCGAGGUACUGUCAUGACUCUCACCAUCCUGAAGAAAAGUAAUUUGUCAGGUAUGACACGGCUUUUGUUAUUUCCUUUCAGUUCCCGGCUUGACACAAGCAUGUCUCAUUCCACGCCGCACAGCAGUGGUGCAGCAACUCCUGAUAAUCAUUCCGUCAUUGAUACUGUGAGUGAGCAGGAUGAAGGGACCAUGACGCCACCUUCAAAGGAGACUACACCCAGCACAAGUCCCCGCAGUUCACUCAGGUGACUAUUUGCUCAUUAUGUAAACUUACAUUGAGCCACUUCUUAUGCAUUGUAUUGAUAAUACAUUAAAACUAUUCAAAAACAACAAACCCAAAAUACUAAAAGAUAAGAAAAGUUCCUACACUUAAGGAUAUGCCCACAUAUCAGUCCAUGAGGGGCACUGAGGAACUCCUGGCACCACAACCACUGCAUUCAGGUUAGCUUAAUCCUUCCAUAGCCAACCAGAACUCUUCAGCAAAAGUACAGAAUAUGGUGAAUCCUGCGGGAGAUUGACAUUUCUAGACAGGGAUAGCUCUGCCCAAUGUCGAUUAGUAUCAGCCGUAGGAAAAAUUACCUACUUUAUCUCAAAAUAUAUUUUGACUGUGUUGGAGUUUCAGUCUAAUUCCAACACAGUCCAUAUGAGUAUUUCAUAAAGACUUAAUCUUUAUGAAAUAUUCCUUUUGCAAGGUGGGGGUGACAGUGCCGCUUUAACCCAUUAAGGACCAAACUUCUGGAAUAAAAGGGAAUCAUGACAUGUCACACAUGUCAUGUGUCCUUAAGGUGUUAAAGUGAUCAGUCAGUCUACAGCUGAGAGAUUAGACACUCAUGCUGUGGCUAGCUGAAACGUUGUGAAGCUUCCAACUGCAGGACUGGGGCUAUGACUCUGAGGACUGAAUUGAAUUUGAUUCGUCUAUUUCCAGCUGUAAUGAUUGUUGCUUCUGUUAACCAUGUCAGCUACUUUUUAGCUCCAUAUUACCACUGCAAAUAUUGCCAGCUACAAGAUAAUAGGGAGUCUAUCAGUAUCUUGAUGCUUUAUCCAUGUGCACACUAUGUGCUGAGAGCUAAUGGAGUAGCUGACUUGUUUUAUAACAGCAGCAACAUUUAAUAGAAGGUGGAAGUUAUCAUAGCGAAGCACUACGGACGAUGAGAUCACGAGAGGAAGAGGCAAGAUGAGGCUAGGAAGGUAGGCAGAGAGAGAGAGCUGGAGCAUUAUACAGAGACAUGUACUGUGUGGAUAUUUCUGUAUUGCAACUCUCUCUAAUCCAUCACAGUGCUGGCUGUGUCUAGUAGUUAUGGGUAUCUCCCAUUUGUUCCCAACUCUGUUGUAUCUCUGUAUUUUACUCAGCCUGUAUAGGUAUCUUUGUGUUGUGCCCAGCUCUGUGUAUUAUCUCUCUAUUUUUUUUUUCAGCUCUGUUAAUGAUAUGGUUAUCUCUGUAUUGUACUCCGCUCUAUGUAUUUUAUAGAUCUCUUCGUGUUGUGCCCAGCUUGUUUUAUUGCAUGAGCAUCUCUCUAUUAUGCUCACCUCUCUGUAUUGUAUGAGUAUCUCUGUGAUAUAUAGGGAGAAGUAAAAUUCUGCGAGAGGAGUCUGGCACCCCACCACCUUUAAAACUUCCCAGCUGCCACUGAUUGGGGAUAUAUCUACUAACCAGUAUUUUUUCUUAAUUAAAUCAGUACAGCGUGGUCCUUUAAAUUUACAUUGCUGGUUGUGAGUCUAGCUUAAAAUAAAUAUUGUGAAUUCUAUUAUGAGAGUAACCGUAUUUUCAUCCUUUUUUUUUUUUUAUAUAUUCUCUACUUACAUAUUUUGUCCAGGGCCCCUGAUGGGAUUAAAAGACACACAGAGCUUCGCACAGUUAUCCUGCCAAAGUCUCCUGUGGAACUAGGAUUGCAGAUUUGUGGUGGGAACCUGCAUGGGAUAUUUGUUCUAGAAUUUGAGGAUGACAGUGUGGCCAGUGGACCUGAGGGUCUGAUGCCUGGAGACAUGAUUCUAGAGGUAAGUUUGUUCAUUAACAAGAAACACUGGAAAUUAUUUUUAUAUAUAUUAUUUAUAUAUUUUUUUUGUCCACCUCAGUAUGGCUGCGUGGAUAUGAGGAACAGAACAGCAGAAGAAGUAUACCUGGAAAUGCUCAAACCUGUUGAAAAUGUCAAACUAAAAGUGCAACAGAAAAUAGAAGAAUUCAACAAAAUUAAAGACCAGCCCGGAGAUGGAUUCUAUGUAAGGUCAGUGUUCAGCAGAUGUGAAAUCCCCAAUUUCAACUAAGAGCCACACAAGCCAUGCUGUGUUUUUGAUUACAUAUUUUAUUGAGCACCAAUUCCAUACAUUGUUGGACACGUGCAAUAUUCCAAAGGAACAUAGUUAUGUGUUUGUAUUCUACAUUAAAGCAUUUUAGACAUUUUUAGAAGCAAUUAAUGUGUAAUGCAGGUUAAAAUCUAGAUUUAGGCAAAGCCUCUAUUUAGCAUGGUGUCAAAAACAGUUUGAUAUAUAUCUCUAUUUUAUUUUUUUCUUUCUUUCAUAUCUACAUAUUGACUUCCAGGUAUCGAGUUGAUUUCUCUUUCGGACACAACCUGCCCUAUUGAUUUGUCUCUUUUAUAUAUUCUUAUUACCCCGGAGAUUUGUUUAUUACGGCCAGCAAUUUGACUGCGUUUCAUCUCUGUAAAAUAUGCACACGUCAAUGAGGUUCAGCAAGGGUCCAAUGGAAUUUAUAUGUAUGCUUGAUUUCAGAGCACUUUAUGAACGACAAGCAGAGCUCCCACAGGAGUUGAGUUUUAAGAAGGAUGACAUACUGUUCGUGGAUGAUACUCUGCCACAGGGGGUCUUCGGCACGUGGAACGGGUGGCAGCUGGAUGAGAAUGCACAGAAGUUGGAGAAAGGGCAGAUCCCCAGCAAAUACAUGUAAGAGCAAAAAGACAAACAAAGCCAUAGAACAGGGGUAGGCAACCUUUUAGCAGCACUGUGCUGAUAUAGGAUUGUAAUGUCCCGUAGCAUGCCGAUCCUAUUUUUUUUUUUUUAAUUGAGGUGUGUAUGCUGCCGUAUUCUGCUUGUGUUAUUUUUACUGUAAUUGCUUUGUAUCGUUGUAUUUGUGCGUAUUUGAGCUAUUAUAUUGUAUAUGUUCAGGAGUAGUUUAUGGUGUCGUGUAUGAUACAUGUGAAUGUGGGCUGUGUAUGAGGGCUGCUUGUGGAAUUGUGUGUGGAUGGCUGUGUAUCAUUGUGUGUUUGGUAGUGUGUGGGGGCUGUUUGGGGUAUUGCAUGUGAGGCUGCAUGUGGGGUUUUGUGCAUGUAUGUGGAUUGUUAGUGGUGUUGCAUUUGUGGGGAUUGUGUGUGUGUGUGGGCUGUUCAUAUUAUUUGAAUGAGGGGAGGGUUAUUCUGCAUUUCUGUGUAUUUCUGUUCCAGUGAGGACCAGGCUGGCCAGGUACAGGUCAAGAACAGGAGCUGCGAUAGCUGUCGAGGGCUGCUCUACUACAGUGUGGAUUCCCAUUCCCAUUCACAAGUGCUGGUAGGAAGUGAUCUGAGAUCACUUCCUCCUAGUGCUACAAUGCAUAAAUUGAGGAUUGUCCUUCACCACCUCUUCGUAUUAGCAGAUAUCUGAAGUUUUACUGGGACUCCUGAUAGGCCAGAGUGUGUUUGGCUCUAGCAGCCUCGAGUACCGUGCAAAGACACCUCGAGUGCCGUGCAUGGCACUAGUGCCGUAGGUUGCCUACCCCUGCCAUAGAAUAUUCUUCUGCCAAACACUUGGAAGCAAAAUGCUCGUCUGUGCCAUUAUUGAAAUAAUUAGGAAGAAAUACAGUCUGUGUUAUCAAGCAUGCUUAUGUUCCCUUUAACAUAUGCAGCAGAUUAUCAAUGCAGGUGAUUUUAGGUUUCCUUGUGAAAGACACCACAGAGACUUAUUGAUCAAUACACUUUAGUAUCCUUGUGCCCAUCUUAGCUUUUAGUGUUCCUUCCAUCCUGGCUGCUGUAACAUAUCCUUAAACAAAACUUUAAAAAAAACAAAAACCAAAAAAUAACAAACUGUUCCAGCUUGGUGAGUUUGCUCUGCUUAUUUAAAUAAGAAGGAGUUAAGUACAUGUUCUCACUAACUCGUCCAUUGUAUCAUGAAUCCUAAAAUGCUGUGUGUAGUAUGUGCACAAGCACACCUGGCAUUUUUAUACAGUCCUGCAAAGUAUGUAAAAUAAAAUAAGCUAUAGAGAAUUUUGAAAUGAUUGUAGCAUAUUCUAUAGCUAACUUUUAAUUGACUGUUAUGGUAAAAUUAAGGAAGUGUUGAUUCCUUUUUAAAGAAAUCCAAUACCUUUUCUAUUUGUUAUUCAUAAUGCAACAUGACCACAACCAACAGUAGGCCGGGCUGGUAGGCAAUUUUUUCCCUUCCCCAAAAGCAUCAGUUGGGACCUCCAUCUCAUAGCCCAACUACUGUAAACUCAAAAACCUUGGGAAAUGGGUCCUGGAGAGAGUAAUCACGACUUUCAUGAAACAGUGUUUUAGGAUUUGCAUAAUUUAAAUGAAAUAUCAAAGCUGAAAAAUGUUAAUCUCAUGUCGCCUUCAAUACUUAACGUAGGAAUUAUCAUCUUAUAGUGGUGAUGAUAAGCCAUGUAGGGGACCACCUGCCUCUAUAUUGAAAGCCUUCCUGUAAAGAUACAGAUAUUGCAUGAUAAUAUUUGAAACUGUUACAUUGUGAUUAGAUUUCAAAAUGCUCGUGCAAAAAUAAAAUCAUUUUAAACACUGGCCUGAAACCAUGUUUCUAUUUCUUCUCAGGAUGGAGCAGGAAUUCUCCAGGAGACUCAGCGUAUCGGAGGUACGGGAUGAAGGGGCGGCGGGAAAGACACUAUCUGCUGCGGCCAGACGUUCCUUUUUCCGCAGGAAACACAAACACAAGCGCAGUGGGUCCCGAGAUGGCAAAGAUCUGCAAGGCCUGGAUACAAUUAGCACCGAUUCUAUCCCUUUUAUGGAUGGUGAGAAAUAAAACAUGAGAACAUUUUUAUUGGCACAAUGAAAGCCUAAAAUUGGGGAGAACCAAUCAUAAUGCGUGUGGUAUCACAAAUACAAAUUCACAUUGGUUACCCACAGAUUUGAUUUACUUUAGCUUAUAAUAAAUGCAAGGUGUAAUUUAAUCAAGUGAUCUGCAUUUUCGUUGCUAAAAGCUGCAACUCCUUUUUAUGCCUUUUUUUUCCCCAAUGCUUUUCUCAGAGGUGUAAAAUCUGUAUUGGGAUCUUGUGUACUCAUUAGACCCCAGCUUCCUGCUGUUUACAUCACUGUACUUAAACACUUAAGAUGCAGGACCGGUGCAAGGAUUUUUGCCGCCCCCCCUCCCCCCCAUGUGACAUCACAAUGCCCCACCCAUUUGAUUUGCCAUGUUAACUAACGCCAGUGCUGCAGUGCUGCCGUGUUUACAUUAAAAGGCCUGCAGGGACAGGCUUAUAGACACCAGAACCACUACAUUAAGCUUCAGUGGUUCUCGGGACUAUAGUGUUUCUUUAAUGUGAGGUAAGUUAGAGAUUAAUGCCACAAAUAAUAUACUAGAUUGCCUACUUACAACAAGAUGAGGAUGAUGAUGGGCUCUAGCUGCAGUCUGGCUCCACUGGUCUGGUGUAGAACAGGCUCUCUGGAGGCUGUUUGUAACUGUGGUCACAAAAAUCAAUGUUCUGGGAGAACGGGAAGCAGCUCCAUUUUUGGGGGGCCCUUUACACAGCUCAAGGUCUGGGUCCCAGGGUCCACCUUCAUGUUCCACCAAUGAGUUUGUUCACAGGGGGUGGAGUGUGUAGGGGAUGUCCUGAUAUGUGUGUAAGGAAUGCAUUGUGUGAAUCUGUGUUUGUAUGUGUAAGGGCUGCAAGGUGUGUUUCUGUGUAUGUACAGGAUGCAGUGUGUGCGUCUGUAAGGGGUGCAUUGAGUGUGUGUAAGGGGUGCAUUGAGUGUGUGUAAGGAAUGCAUUGUGUGUUAUUGUGUGUAAGGGUUGCAUUGCUUGUGUGUAAUGCAUUGCGUGUUUUUCUGUGUGUAAGGGGUGCAUUGUGUGUGUGUGAUGGAUGUCAGUCUCUCCCCCUCCCUUGUCACUCUCAUCUCCCCCCUCCCUUGUCACUCUCUUCUCCCCUGCUUGUCACUCUCUUCUCCCCUCCCCACUCUUUCACCCUCCCUCCCCCGUCAAUUCCCCUCCCUGUCAAUUUCUUUCUUUUAUUUUUUGCCAAUUGUCUAUCCCUGCUUGGAGCUGCAGAGGUGGGUGCCUGCUACACCAUAGGAACUGUUUUGGCUAUCUUACUUUUGAGGAAGUAUAAUCAACUCUACUUUGGCCGUGUGCCCUUGAUAUUGGGACCAGUCAGGGGUGGAGGUAGAUUGAGUCUUGUGGGGUGAUUUCAGAGGCUUGAUGUUGAGUACUUGUAAAAUGGAUGCCACAUUUGGUGGUCUUGCUCAGUAGUGUCUCCGGUUUGAGAAAUAGUGAGAGGAUUUUUUUUUGUUUGUUUAAAUUUCCACAAAAGUGUCAGUCCUUUAUUAAAGGUCUGUGAAGCCUAAUCAGAUUUUAGGUGUUUCUAACACCAUUUCCUGUAUGUUUCUUAUCAUAGCUGGUUGUUCUUUGUCUUCUGUGUCUGUCUAUAAUUACAUUCUCCUCUUUUACACAGAUUCUGUGAAUUUGGCAUAUCAGAAGGUCCAGAGGGUUGAUUGCACCUCCCCUCGUCCUGUGCUUAUCUUGGGACCCUUGGUUGAUGCUGUUAAGGAUAUGUUGGUAAAAGAGUCUCCUGGAAAAUUCUGCAGAUGUCCUCUUGGUAUGUUUGAGUUUUUCACUUGAGCAUUUAAAAUAUUAAGAUCUAGAACCAUGACAAUAUGAUAUAAACCAUGCCACACUUUGUAAAACUGAAAUGGCGUAAGCUGCUACACAGUGAGGAGAAGACAAAUCACUAAACACUGAAUCAUACGUUACAAAAUGUAGGUCUACUAUGAUGUUCCACCAUGAUUUUUUUUUUUUUUAAUUCUAAAAAAGUACAACUAUAUGCAGAAAUUAUUUGAAUAAUGAAAUUCUUUAUUUCUGCAAUCUUUUGACUACUGUACCUUUAUCCUAAAAGACAAUCAAUGUAGAGGCUAAAUAUCUCUGGUCACACAAUAUUUAUUUUGCAGAGAUAAUGAAAGCAUCACAACAGGCUAUAGAACGUGGGGUGAAGGAUUGUCUGUUCAUAGACUACAAGCGGCGUAGUGGGCAUUUUGAUGUCACCACUGUAGCUUCGAUAAAGGAGAUAACCGAAAAGGUAUUUAUGAAACUAUAAUCCGUCCGUUUACGGUGAUUGUUUUUUUUUUCUGGGCAAAAGCAGAGCUGUUUGUCGGAAGCAAUUUUGAGUUAUACUUAGACUAAAUGUUCCGUAUAUGUACCUCACCAAUAAUGAGAGGUAUUCUGUAGGCUUAAGCCUAUAUUCACCAGAUAAGCCACGGCCUAAAUAAUGUGAAACAUUUGCCUUUGGACUAGCACACUUAUGAUUUGGACCUAGGAUAGGCUGCGUAAUUCAACAAAUCGUCCCUUUUGAUAUAAAAUUAUGAAUGUUGUUUCACUUACUGUAUCCUGUUAUUUUAUUAUACAAUUAAUAAGAUGUUCAGGGUUUAAACAUAAAUAAAUUAUUAUUGUGUAGCUUUUUUGGUUUUCUUUUUGCUGAUCGAUAAUGCGUACGUGCACAUAUCUCUCCAGCGAGUAUGUUGUUUUUUCAUAUGAAUGAUACAAUACCACAAGCAGUAAUGUAACUCCCGAAAUUUGUUUAAUAGCUCCUAAGCAUGCUCAGCCGAGUGAUGGUGUGCGCUCCUGAAAAUCUAUUUCUUUAAGGAUAAAAGACUUAGACCAAGGCCUUAUGGACAUCUUUGCCUUGUAACCAUAAACUCCUUUCUGUUCUUCGUAUUAGUCGACCGUUCGUUUAAAAAAAUAUAUAUUUAAAUGUCGACCUAUACGCCAGCAUAUAUGGUAAAUUGUAAUGUAAUUAUACAUUAUUUGUGUUAUAUAAGGCAGGAGUGUAUUAUUUUUCUAGUUAUUCAGCUAUAACGUAUGAUAGAACGAAGAUAAUUCAACACAUUUGUUAUAGUACAUUCUCUUUUCUAAUGAUAUAGAAUUUUAUGAUAUCCAAAAAAAAAAAAGACUGAGCCAUUAAACUUUAGAAAUAAACAUUUUCCAAUGGGUUCCAAGAGGUUUCCACAAUUUUAACCACUAGUGUACAUUAUAUAAUGAGCCGGAGGCAAUAUAAAUUGAGGAGAAGGUUUUGUGUACUGACUGCACAGUUCUGGUAAAAGUAACUGCAUGUAAUUACCAUUGGCCCUGUGUUUAUUCCCUAGGACUGCCACUGUCUCCUGGACAUAGCACCUCAUGCUAUUGAGCGACUGCACAGUGUCCAUAUCUAUCCCAUAGUACUGUUUAUCCGGUACAAAAGCACUAAGCAGAUAAAGUAAGUUUUCUACAUUAAUUUUCUAUAAAUCCAAAAAUGGGAAAAAAAAAGUUGGCAACGAAUUAAGUUUUUACAUUUUAAAAAAAAAAAAUUAAAUAAAGGCAUAAAAAUACAUUUUAUUGUGACAACUUAACAUUCGUUAUUGUACUAACUGAGAACUUUUUAAAAAAAAUCACACAAGUUAUUCACAAAAGUGUGACGUAUUGGAAAUUUAAAGUGAAUCUUAGAUUUUAGGCCAAAUUACCUGCAAUGUAAAUAUAGCUGAUUUGACCAUUUUGUCCGAAAACGUGAAGUCAGUUUAAAUUGUGAAUGGUUAGAAAUUCAAAGGGACAUUAGUCACCAGAACAACUACAGCUUAUUGAAUUUGUUCUGGUGAGGAGAAUCAUUACCUUCAGGCUUGUUGCGGUAAACACUGUAUUUUCAGAAAAAAUGCAGUGUUUACAUUACAGCCUAGUGAUAACUUCACUGGCCACUCCUCAGAUGGCUACUAGAACUGUUUCUUUGGGCAGUGCUGCAGACACUGAACUUUCCUCAUAGAGAUGCAUUGAUUCACUGCAUUUCUAUGAGGAGAUGCUGAUUGGAGAGGGCUAUGUUUGGCUUGUGUUGGUUCUGCCCCUGAUUUGCCUCCUUCACAGUCUCAGCCAAUCCUAUCGGGAAGCAUUGUGAUUAGCUCAGACCACUACUGCAGACUUAAAUACAAGUAAGAUUUUACUAUAUUUAGGGUGGCAAGAGGGGGCUGUGGGGGCCAGAUUGUGAUUUUAACACUAUAGGGUCAGAAAUAUGUUUGUGUUUCUGACCCUAUAGUGCUCCUUUAAUGGAUUGUGUCUCUUUGGAUAUUAAAAUAACUCUCAAAACAUCAUAACCACUGAAUAUCUGGCACCCCUACCAUCCCAUUGUUAUCAGUCAAACCAUUUUUACCUGGAGUCUUCCAGAUGCCACUAUCUGCCUCCACUACUAACACUGGAGAGACAGAAGUCCAUGGUUUGUAGAGCUUAGCUCAGGAGAAGUAAUGUCUUACCAAGAUCAAAAACGGUUUGUCUUCUAACGAUGGGGGAGCGCCUAGGGCAGCCAUAGGCAACCUUCAGUACUCCAGAUGUUUUGGACCACACCUCCCAUGAUGCUUUACCAGCAUUAUGGGUGUAAGAGCAUUAUGGGGGAUGUAGUCCACAACAUCUGAAGUGCCGAAGGUUGCCUAUCCCUGGCUUAGGGCAUAAAAUAAUAUAUAUAUUUAAAAUUAGCGUGAUCUUGGAAUGUCAUGCAAGUUCUGCUAUGUUCUCUACUAUUUCAGUUGUUAGCUCCUCAGAUAAAUCUGCUCAACUGUCCUUCUGAAAGGUACUUUGAUUUCCACUUAUUGGGGCUAUAUCUAAAAACAAAAAGCCGCAGCUCUCCUCUGCAGCCUUUGCAAGCCUCCCCUCUUCUUCCCCAGCCCAGACUUUCUGUGACUGUCUCAAUACAGCUAAUUGAAAAGUAUUUGCAAGGCAGAUGCUGUGGGUAAUUACCUUCCUCUUUGGUUAAGCUCUGCUAAACAACCAGGAUUAACAGAACCAGUUGUUUGAUUGCCAGCCUAUGGCAUGUAACAAGGUUAAUUUAUAGAAAGAAAAGUGCCAAUUUCUAUUUAAAUCUACUUUUUUACACAAUGAAGAAAGGGGAAAAAAUAAACACUCUUCACACAGACUUCAGCAAAUGAAAGUGCUUUAGGUGUUUAGAGUCCCUUUAAGUUUGCAAUUUCACAUAUCUACCACAAGAUGUCAGUAUUUUAUUAUAUUUGUAAGACAUUGCACCAGAUUUUAGAAUACUUCUGGCACAGACAUCAUAAAUAAGUAACCAUAUAUUUAUGAAACGGCUAAUUAAAUAACAUACUAAUGACCCAAUGAAUGCAGAUAAACACACCAACAAAUAGACUUUCUUUUUCUGAUUUAGAAAAUUUCCCAUAUGCCUUUAGAUUUUUGUAAAAAUGUAUUUUGAUGAGUACAGGUUACAUAUAAGAGUGUUUUCUUAUUUGAAAUGUAUAAUCCAAGCACCAUAACCACUACAGCUCACUGCACUGGUUAUGGUAACAAGAGUGCCCUUGAGCCCCCAGAUUUGUAAGUAGUCAGAGCAUUUUUGAAUGGUUUGAUUUCUUAACUGGGGUCUGCCUAGCUCUGCAUCUAAUUUUAACUACCGACGAAGAGCCUGACUCAACUUAGCAGGAACGGCAACUAGCUCUCCAGUGCAGGGCUCAGCUUAUUGGCUGAUCACUCUCAAAAACAGUUUGACUACUUACAAAGGGAGAUGGAUGGGGGAUACUUCUGGCAUCAUAACUAAUACAGCACUUUGUGGUGGUUAUAGUGCUGGGAGAGUUUCUUUAAAGUCCGGCGUCUUUAAAAUAUGGUAUCCUGUGGUAUAAAUGCAAUAGCAGUCAUUUAUUUAGAAAACACUAAGCAAACACACAUAUAUCUUUAAGAAGUAGACUAGGGAGCUAUACAAGUACAUACUUAUUUAUUUAUCAUAAAUUACUGCCAAAUCUUGUAGUAAAUGCUAGAGGACAUUGGUCUCUGAUUGUACCAGCUUUCUGUAGUUGGCAGAUAUCAUGUUAAAUAGCUGUGUAACUAAUUAUGUGACUGUGCUAUUUGCAAUCUGACAGUUCUGCUUGUUCUAACAGACUGUCAGGGUUAAGAUAUUUCCACCCGAUCCAUGGUAUGAUGGCAGGGAAGGUGACAAGAGCCCUGCAAAGCACACCAUGCAAGUGGCAGGUGUUUAACCUUUAAAGCCCACUUUGAUUAAACAUGUGAUCCCUUACAAAGAUGGUUCUCAAGGGGACAACAUGCAGUUAUCGGGUUGUAAAGUGUGCACAUUCUCUGUAUUUUGCCAACUUCAUUUUGCAGGUUCAGUAAUGGAUAUACAGUAAAAAAAAUAAACAAAACCACACAGUAACAUACAUGCAGUCAUAGACACAUUAAGACAUAUAUAGACACAUACUAGCAUACACAGGCACAAACUAACACAUAACUGUAUCACACAUAUAUUUGUGCAGCACUUUGAGGGGGAGCUGUGAUUGGGUAGUCCUGCAAAAAUACUAAAGUAAAUAAUAUAAUAUCCUUUUGCUGUCAGUAGUCAGAUUAACUGUUUUUCUUUACAUGUCACAUUUUGUGUCCUCCUCCCCCAUUCAGGGAACAAAAGGACCCAAUUUUUCUAAGGGACAAAGUGACGCAGAAACAUUCCAAAGAGCAGUUUGAAACCGCACAAAAGAUUGAGCAGGAAUACAGCAAAUAUUUCACAGGUAUGUGAAUAUGGAAUUGUUUGCAAUGCUAAUUAAAAUGAACACUAAAUAGCAACACCAGCACUAUAGGGUCAGGAAUACAUGUAUGUAACACCAGCACUAUAGGGUCAGGAAUACAUGUAUGUAUUCCUGCCCUAUAGUGCUGGUGUUGCUAUUUAGAUGACCAGCUGCAGUUGUCCCCAUCAGGCUCCACCUCCAUGACUGAGAUCAUCAAUCGUUAUGAACUCAGCAAAUCCAGUGCUUUCCCCUAGGAUUGGGUGGCUAUUGAUCAUGCGUGGUAAAACGCUGCACUGCGCCAACCAGCAUCUCCUCCUAGAGAUGCAUUGAAUUGAUGCUUCUCUGUGAAAGGAAAGUUCAGUGCCUCCAUUCAGAGUGUGGCACAGACACAGGAGGCACCACUAGUGGCCGUCUGAGUGACUGCCACUAGAGGUAUUGCUAAGUCUCUAAAUGCCUGCAGGGACAGGCUAUAGCCACCAGAACACAUUCAGCUGUAAUGGUUCUGGUGAUUAUAGUGUCCUUGUAAUACUUUAAUCUCACAGAAAAACACCAGGUGUAUAAGUAUGAUGAAACAAGUACAUGCUUGAAAAUAGAGCUGAAUUGGUGUAAAAUACACAGUAUUUUAAUAAAACCAAUAAAAAAAAAAGCCCAGGUAAACUAAUCCCUAUCCCAACACGCAGCUGGUGAAGUGGUCCGUACAGGCUUUUUGCAAGACGUGGCAUUGCUGAUGUGACUUUGUUGUGGUACAUCCAUCAUCUUCCUGUAUUCAUUGCUAUUUUCUUGUGUUCCAGCUGUGAUCCAGGGAGGUGCCCUGUUUAAUAUUUGCACGCAGAUUAUUGCAGCUGUUGAUCAAGAACAAAACAAAGCCCUAUGGAUUCCAGCAGGAGCUAUGUGAGGGCACCAAUCGCACGUCUCUCUGCCAACGGACAGCUGCGGUUCCUAGCUAUAGAAAUCCUCAUUGCCUGAGAAAAUAGUCACCAAUAAGACAAUCUAUAUCUCACAGUCGAUGGAUAAGCCACUGAAUACAUCAUCCUGUCAAUAGAAGCUCUGCAAAGUGUUCUAUUCCAAUUUGGUCAACAUGAAGGAGAAACAGAAGGGACUUCCUCUAAUUAAUAAUGGACCUAUGGAAACUAUCACCUCGUGUACAUGAUUGCCUGAAGACGUUUGCUAGGAGUAAAGUAAAAACAAUUGAAGAUGAAGACCUAACACAUGAUUGACAUGAUGUGAUGGGUCCAGAGCACUACAGAAGAUUAUGGGUGGGCCAAUGAAAACCUGUUUUGGUUAGGAACUUUGAGAAGCAUGAGACAUUCUCCUAGAUUCAUCUAACCUAACAUUUAAUUAAAGGUACUAGUUGUAACAGGUUUAUAAUGCAAAGAACUGCUCCUCUCUGAUAUUUCACCCUUACUUCAACACCAACCGGUUCACACAACAUUAACCCCUUCACUGCUGGGGAUGGCCAGCAUUACGCCAAUUCCAUUUAUAGACUUGAAGGAGGGACCAUUGUUGCUGGCUAAAUAUUUUAAUCUUAAAAUGGUGGUCUUGCCCUAAAAUUCUCAUUGCACUUUUAAAGGAGCCCCCUUUAUUUUGUGGUUCAAACUCCUACAGUACUAAUGGAUACCCAUCUACCACGAUUUGGGUAGAAGAGGAAUACAAAAUAAGGUAUUUUAUAGUCAACAAUUAAAAUAAGGCUUAAUUCAGCCUGUAUUCAAUUGCACAUUACAGGAGAGACUCCAUGCUUAAUUAUACACUAAUUCUAGAAAUGUUUGCACACCCCGGCAUGUAGAAAUAACUCUGUGUACACCCAGCUGUGAAAGGGUUAAGAUAUUCUGUCAUUUAUAUGAAAGCCUGACUUUUUUUUGUUUUGUUUUUUUAGCCUGUGUGUUUUUAAUUAAAUACAAUAAUACUUCAUAGGAUGCAAGUUCUGCUUCUUCACAGGAGGCUAACAUGUUCAAAUACAUUGCAAAGUAAAUGAUACACUAAAGAGGUAUCCUUCACUUUUAUUUUAGUUUUUUUCUGAAAAUGGACCAGUAAAUAGAUCUAGGGAUUUAUUCACUAAUCGGUGAGUAGUCUUCUUGCAAAACAUAGUUCAAAAUAGAAUGGCCCAAUUAAACAAAAAAAAGUUCAGAUCUUCUGAUUUUGACUUUUUUUUGUUUUUCCAUCUAUUUUAUUAUAUUCCAAAUUUUGCAAGAAAGAUGUUGAACAUCUCAGUGCAUAGUGAAUAAGCCCAUUACAAUAGGGUACAACAGAAAUUCAGUUGCUGAAUACAUUCAAUUCCCUGGACUUUAAUAUUUGUAGCAUCAUAUGUAGUGACCAGUGCCUGGAAGAAUGGUAAUCUUUAUUUUUAUAUAAUUAUUAUGUUUAAUUGAUAAACUAAGUUAAUAGUCCCAAACCACUUAAUGCAAAUGGAGGUGUCCGCAAUUUAUCAACCCAAACAAUACAAUUUUUUUUCUCAUAACAGAACUAUGGAAUCUCUAAUAAAAGGGAAUCUGUAAUUGAAAAGGAAGUGUUUUUUUUUUAUAUAUAUUUGUGUUGAGCAGCUUCUGUAUUCAUUUCCGAGUUGUUGUUUUUUGCCUAAAUAGAAUUACUUUAAUUAACAAAUGAAGAGUAUCUGCUUCUCCUCAUUCAUGCAAUCAAACUUGGUUUACAGACACUGAGCUGCAUUCAGUUACCAAUUUUACGUAAUUUAAUUGAGUAGGUGAGGGGAAUAGUGACAUGAGUCCCAAGAUGUUUUUCCACCGGUCGCAUUACUAUAUACGAGUAACUGUUUUAUUGCACAACUCACAUGAUUCCUUAUUGCCAUUUCUGCUAUGUUCCAUGUCAGCCUUGUGCUCGUGGAAAAUCUGUUCACUUGCCUUAGCUGUAAAAGCAGUUCACAUUAACCUAAGCAUUGGGGAUAUUAAGUGGCCCAAUGAACACAGAAUGUAGUUUUAAUAAUAAUAAUAAUAAUAAUAAUAACAAUUUUACAUUUCCAUAGUAAUUCUUUGCUUGGAUAUGUGGAUGAAUUAUGCUAUCCAAGCAUACAAGGCUGAAUGUAGACCAAACAGCAACCCAGGUCAAGAGACAGUAUUUCAUUUUGUGUGACCGAGGCUCGCUGGUUAUCUGAGUAAACCACUACUGUCUAAAGCAGACUUCUCUAACUCUGCCCCCCCCCAAACUACCACUCCCAUGAUUUCCUGAGAUGUACUGAUUGCAUUCAAAUAAUUCUGGGAGUUUUAGGCUGCUAACAUCUGAUUUUGAGUAAUGGUGGCAAAGAAAACAUAUAUCCCGUUCAGGCUGACCAUCUGGGUGCCUACGGACAUACUUAAUUUCAACAAAAUUAAAAAAAGGUUCACUUUAUUUCAGAUACAUGUUUGCUUUUUUACAAGGAAAACUCUCCGUAAAACUCAUGAUUAAACUUGCAAAUAAUAUAAUCUAUAGCAGAAUUGGAAAUUAAAAACAGGACAAGGUAAUAUAUCAACAGGGCUGUCUGUGAAUCUACAACAUGUUGACAAGUCAUUGAAUGACCUCUGUAUUCACUUGAAAGAACAGCCGGGCUUGUUCCUUGCUAUGGUUUAUUUACCAGACUCCAAAUGGUAGUGAAUUAAAAAGCAAUAGGGUAACUGAGUACACUUUUUCCAUUUUAUCCUCUUUUUUUUUUUUAGAUUUUAAUUUACUAGCACUCGGCAUUUACUGAAUAAAGCCUUUCUGUGUAUAAAUAAAUAAGCAGGGAAAAGAAUAAUAAUAAGAAAGAGCAGAAGUGAAUUAUUUUUCUAUUAUAUAUAGAUUUUGUGCAGCAAUAAUCAGAAAUGUAUGCACUUCGAAAAAAUUGUCAACACCUUUUUGUUACCUGCUGCUAUGAUAAAUUGUGAAUGGGUUAGACAGAGCUGGCCAUCUGGGUAAUAUAGGAUUUGCUAACACCCACGUUUGAGUGCACUAAAAUUAAUAUAGUUCAGGUAUAUACCCAAAAACCUACAGUCCAAAUCUAUCAAGCAUAAUGAGAGCAUAAUGCAAACUGUGUAUGUGUUCCUCAAAAUUGCUCUGCAUAGGGGCGCAUGCCACUAGAUUGAUGAGCUAAGUAGACCACUCAUUCAGAUUUGCUAACUAACGUAAGAACUAAAGUUGGGAAUUCAAAUUUAAAGCUGAUGUGGAAAAAUUCUCCAUCUAAACUAUACUUCCAGAUUGGUUACUUUGGUCUAAAUUUGAAAUUCAUUGACAAUUCUCACUUUAGUUAAUAACCCUGAUUGACAAUAGAUUUAACAUUGGGCAUAUUCUUCCUUCCCUAAAAUAUUUUUAAUAAAAUCACUUUUACACACUCUCUAGUUUAAACCAAAUCUCAAUGUUUGACUUGGGUCACACAACUUGGGAUUUGAUGAAUAUAGUCCCUUGCUUGCAUUUUAACAAGAAAGACUAGAGAUAGUGGAGGGCUUGUACACACUAUGUCAAUCUGCACAUAGUCUAUCAGGUUAUAUGCAGUGUCUCAGAUCGGAAUCAUUACACAUUAGUAACUAUAACGUAUUCAGAAUGGUUUUCUUUAAAAAGGGAUUAUUUUGCACUACUCCCAACAAACUAUAUUUGGCCUGUCAUUUUACCCAACUGUGAUAUAGCUCAUCUCUUGUCUUAGUGCAAUGUACAUUGAAAAUUGUAGUCAAUUUGGAAAAUCAUUUACAUGAAAUAGCAAUAAUAUAUGUUUGAUUCUUUUUAGACCCUACAGUGGGAUCGAAGUUCUCUAUUUACGGUACAAACCUGUGAGUGUUAAAGUAGCAGAAGUUGCCUUUUACUAAAAAUGUACAAAAACAUAAAAAUUAAAUCCUAGAGUGGACAUAAUUAAUAAAGACCAAUUUUCAUAACAAAAAUAUAUUGCUUGAGUGUUUUUCUUGUUUUACAUUUGUGUAAGUUGUUGAAAAGACAAACAUGGUGUUUUAAAGGCUAAAUUGUUUUGCUGUUGUUUAUCUGUAAAGGUACUUAAGACUAAUAAAUAAUAGAGG